GAGCGUAAAGAGAGCUAACUUGGCAUCGCUUGCCUAUCGGUCUGCCGCUGUACGCAUUUACUCUCACACCCUGGUUUGCCGCUUCUAUCUACAUUUUAUUGAAAUUUAUUUGUUUUGUUUUUGUCUAUUGAAAAAUAACUGCGCACUCAAGGUAUGUACGCUAAGUUCGACUCAAAAUUGAUUCAGUAACGAAACGGCUUUCAGCCGCAACGGAUUGGAAAAACUUAAAACUACAAAAAAAAAUAAUUCAUCAAACGAGAUAGAACGUUGUUUUGAGAAGCAAACAAACAAACACAAAAAAAUAGUGUGUAAAUGAUAUGAUGAUUUUUUAAUUGUAUUUGAAAAAAAGUUGUUAUAAAAUAACACAAAAUUAAAAACGCCCUAAUGAGGCCCUAAAAAAAGAAGAGUUAUAUGAAAAAUAGAUGAAGAAAAACCAGUUUCAAAUUGGGUUAUUAAAAAACUACACUUGCAUUUUACGGAUACGAGUAAAGAAAUAAAAAAAUCUUAAAAAGUAAUUAGAGAAAAAACGCAAAUGAAAAUAAUUUGUAGUUAAAGAAAAAAAAAAGAAAAGCAGUUACAAAAGUGUAAACAAAUAAAUAUUUCAACUGAUUGUACUCGCACAAAUAAAAUUUCUAACAAAAAAUUUCAAUAAGAAAAAAGUGUACUACAGAAAAUACUAGUUAGUAGUGGCUGCUCGCUUUUGCCGGCAUUCAUUCGUACGUCCUAGAGGAAAAAAUCAAUUUUUGUUACGAUUACUUUUCUUCUAGAGUAGAGGCAUGUUGUAGUGUAUGAAGAAGGUAUUGAUUAAGUGUAAAUUUGAAUUAAACUUGGAGUAAAUGCUAGACGACCAUGGAUAAUACAACAGAUGAGAGACAUGAGGAAGACCCACCACCAAUGGGGGUGGGUGAGGGCCACAGGCCAAUACCAGCAGUGCGCAAACGCCGUUUGGUGGAAACAGCUGUUGAGUCGUCAUCAUCAUCAAAUGUGGAUGCAACUCAACCAUAUGUUAGCCAAGGCCAAAGGCAAACGGAUUUUGAGACCAUUGACGAAGCCAGCAGCAAUAAAGGGUUAGUGUAUGAUGAAUCCAUGCAGGAAACAUCUACGGUAUCCCGCACCAUAACGAAAACUAUUAAGACAACUACUUCAAGUUCCCAUGAGUACUUGGUGGAGGGAUAUGACGCUUUGGGCAGGCCAAAGACUCCAACCACACCUUUACGUUUGAAACAGAAAGUGGCCAUUUAUGAAAAGGCCUGGUACUCGGGCGAGGGAGGAAUUAAAAGAUCAGCUGAACACAUGAGUGAGGAAAGCCUCAAAAGCUCCACUGAUAACACCGACAUUGAUAUAAGUAUUGACACGGACAAUCCCUUUGACAUAGACGUUUAUGAAAUUGAAAAGCGUCUGCGAGAAGAACGUAAGCGUGGUUUGGCCGAAGCUGAGGCCGCUAAAUUGGCUUUCCAGCAAAUACAAUUAAGAGCCACACCUCAAUCGCCGGCCCGUAAGGUGGAAAUCCACGAAGAACACACUGCUAGCCCUUUUAACGUUACUCUAAAGACCACCAGUAAAAUAUCCCCAGGAGCGGUAACAGGACGCAUUGAAUUGGAAGAACAUUCCACCAAAAGUCCGUUUAAUGUAACACUACGCACAACUCAGCGUUAUCGCAGAAAUCCUCCCACACCAGAAGACAUGUCAAGCUCUUCCCCAUUUAAUGUGACUUUACGCACCACCAAAAGACAUUCCCCACAAGUAGAUGAUGGUAAAGUGGCUUCUGCCCGUUUCUUAGAAGGUGAAAAGACAGUCAGAGAAGUUAUAGCAGCUGAUGGGGUAAAAACCAUAGUCACCUCUUCUAUGACCACUGAUGGCCGCAAACAUGAAGAGAAAAUCUUUCGUCAUGGUGAGGGUUAUUUCUCGCCACGUGCUUCUCCUCAGCGAGAAAUGAGAGCUACAACUCCUUCGCGUUCGGUAGAUAUGACAGCCGGAGGACGUAGAAUUUUAAUAAAACUGGAAAACGAGGACGAUCAAAUGGAUGUGUUUAGCACAGACGAUUCGUACGAUGUAACUGAUUAUAAAGUAACAAGUGAACGUCAUUUUAAAGCAACUUCAGCAGCUGGUGAAACGGUUACUUUGGAAACACCCCCUAACAUUGACAUUAUUGUUGGCACAACUAGCAACAACCCCAAACGUCGUACGGUUAGCCUGGAAACCAAACAUGAACAAAUGCCAUGGCAAACGCAACAACAUUAUAGCAACUCCUCCUCCUCAUCCACCGCUGCCUACACUACCAAGACUACCACAAAAAUAACAACAACGUCCCAUAAACAUCAACGUGAAUCAUUGGAAAACGUUGAAACUCCUUGUAAAAAUAUCAGUAUUUCGAAAACGAUACAAUCGCAAGGUUCUACGUCUCCAGAAGAAUCGCAUAGAUUUGUAACAAAACAAACUAUUUCUGGCUCCACCUCAACACCUGUCUCCUCUAGCUCCUCUAGGAUUGGCAAAUCGCUAACAAAAACCACCGCUACGCACAAGCUAACGAAACUAGAAACGGAAACGCAAACGCCGGUCGUCGACUCAGAGCACGAUGCUUUGAAAAAACGUCUCGAAAUAGUGGGUUAUGGUCGCGACGGUCUCGGUCACGGUACUGGUGAACUCGGCUAUAAAACCGAUAAAUUACGCGAAACCAUAAGUGACGAUUCGGAUACGGAGGGUGCUGCUGCCAGCAGCAUUGUAAUUGUACCAACUAGCUCCACAACUCCACAGCAAUAUUCCUCUAAACAAGCAAGUGCAAGUGUAGAAAGUGCAAUAACCCCAACGAUUGCCGGUGGCGCCUUAGGUGCCUCUAGCUGCAGUACUUUGCAUAAGUCUCUGACUCCGACUCAGACACAACAACACCAAAGUACUGCUACUACUGCUGCGUCCUCUAACGAAUACCAAGAAAUCCAAUCCACAAUGGCAGCAAUAAAAUUUGCUCGCAGUAACUCUCAAUAUGAUACGCACAUCAAGGAGAAAAGAGAGGAGCAAGAACGUGUUCAAAAGAAAACAUUCACGAAUUGGAUUAAUUCAUACCUCUUGAAGCGUGUUCCACCGCUUCGAGUGGAUGAUUUAAUCAACGAUUUGCGCGAUGGUACAAAAUUAAUAGCACUUUUGGAAGUGUUAUCUGGUGAAAAGCUACCCGUAGAAAGGGGUCGCGUUCUAAGACGUCCACAUUUCCUUAGCAAUGCCAACACAGCAUUACAAUUCUUGGCAAGCAAACGUAUAAAAUUAGUUAAUAUCAAUCCAGCCGAUUUGGUGGAUGGGAGACCACCAGUCGUUUUGGGUCUGAUAUGGACCAUUAUAUUGUACUUCCAGAUUGAAGAGAAUAGCCGCAACCUCGAAUACUUGGGCCAUGGAAUUGGUGGUUCGGUUAGUUCUCUGGACAGCGUUGGUAAAAACGUCAGUGAUAUGAAGGCUGAAAAAUGGAAGCAAGGAGCCAGAAAAACCUUGCUCAAUUGGGUAACAAAUGCCCUGCCAAAGGAAAGUGGAGUUGAGGUUAAGGAUUUCGGUGCCAGUUGGAGGGAUGGUGUCGCUUUCUUAGCUCUCAUUGAUUCCAUUAAAGCCAAUUUGGUUAAUUUGGCUGAAUUAAAGAAAAACGCCAACAAUCGCGAACGCUUGGAAACAGCUUUCGAUGUGGCCGAAAAUAAAUUAGGCAUUGCUAAAUUGUUGGAUGCCGAGGAUGUGGAUGUCCCUAAGCCAGAUGAAAAGAGUAUAAUGACAUAUGUGGCUCAGUUCUUGCACAAGUAUCCCGAACCCAAGGGUGCUAGUAAAGAUUUCUCACAUAUUCAACAAGAAAUUGAUGAACUCAAACGCUUCUUAUUGGAGAAAUCUGCCGAAUAUGAGCCUAUGGUAAUUGGCAACUCGUUCCCGCGUGACUUUGCCGAGUAUUUAAUUGCUCGUUCCGAAAUUGAUGCUCAUUUGCCCACGUACAAUCGUUUGAAGCAAUUGGUUGAAAGCCAAAGCGGCUUUUUGCAAGUAUCCCGUUCCAAUUGGGAGGAUAUUAAUGCCUUGUGGCAACGUGUCCAAUACCAAAUGAACUAUUGGCUUUGGUUAUUGGACUCUGAAUUGCCUGGUGAAUUUGGAGAGGUGGGCAAAUGGUUGGCUGAAGCCGAAAAAAUCCUUAUGGACAAUGACAUACCCACAGCCAUGAACGAGGAAACUGCUGCCGUAAUUUCCCGUAAACUAGAAGAACACAAGCUGUUCUUUGCCGAUUUGCCACGCAUUGUUGCAAUGUUUGAGAAUGCCAAGAGGUCUCCUUUGGCCCAGAAAAUACCUUUAGAACAAUUGCGCAAUAUGGAGCGUCGUGUGCAAGAGGUUGGCCCUAGGGCUGGCGAACGUAGAAUUAAAUUAAAGUUCCUAGAACAUAAAUGCUGCUUAGUAGCAUUUUUGAAUUUGGUUGAAAACAAAAUGAAGGGCUGGACCGGUAAAUACGGCACCGAAGAAAGAGUAGCCCAGCAAUUGGAGCAAUACAAGAACUUUGUUUCUCGCAACAAGAUUUUCCAAGAAUUCCAGAAAGCAUUUGUUGACAUGCAGCAAGUGGUCGAUGAAUAUAAACGUGACGGCAAUGUCUCACGUAAGGAUAUAGUGGACAUUGACCGUUUCAUGUAUGACACCGAGGAAAGAUGGAAGCGUGUAUCGUUGGAAUUGAAGUGUUGCCAAAACUCUCUGGAAGAGGUGGUGAACUGUUGGAGAACUUGGAAUCAAUUAAGCCCCGAAUGCGAGCAAUGGCUUAAUUUAGCUGAACAAAAAGUCAUGCAGUCAGAAGAUGAAAAAUUGAAUUUCUUCCAAGACAUUACAGUAUGGAAAGACAAAUUUGAUGCUUUAGCCAAUGGUGCCAAUUAUUUGAUUGCUUCUUGCGAAGAAAAUAUAGCCCACAGUUUGAGACAGCAACACGGUUUGUUGUCCGAACGUUUUGAUAGAUUAUUUGCUAAUACUAAGAAAUACAUGCAUGCCGGUGAUAUUAUUCGUUCUAGACAAGAAUAUAAAUCAGGAAUUGAAAAGCUGUCUCAGUGGUUGCGUUCGGCUGAAAAUAUUCUAGGCCAAAAAUUGCUAUUGGGCGACAGUCCACAGAUCCAGAGAUAUAGCGAGGAUCUGCAAAAAUUGGCUUCUGAAAUAGACGACAACGAAGAGCUGUUCAAAACUAUUAGCCGCAAUAUCCAGGGUCUUAUACAGGAUCUGUCACGUGAAGAAGUCGAUAUCAUGAUGAAGACUCUUAAACAGGAAAAGGAAGCCUUGGUGCGUGUGCGUGCCCAAAUACCCAAUAAGUUGCACUUAAUACAUCAACUUCUCAUACAACAAGAAUCAUUGGAAGCCGGUCAAAAGGAAAUCCAUCAAUGGCUUAACGAAGCCGAAACCUUAUUAAGUACCCACAGUUUGGGUGGUGGUCGCGACAAGGUCAAUGAGGAAUUGAACAAACAUAAAACAUUCUUCUCACGCACCGUCUACUACCGUUCCAUGUUGGAGAGCAAGAACAAAGUGUUCCAGAAUCUUUUGAGAAAUGUGGCAGCUGAUGAAAACAUUGACCCCACCCAGGCCCAACAUAAUAUGCAGCAAAUGAAUGACCGUUUCAACUAUGUCAUUCAAAAUGCCCAGCAAUGGGAGCAACGUUUAGGAGAAACCCUUAACAACUGGAAUCAUUUCAAAGAAAAUGAAAGUGUCGUUACCGAAUGGUUGACCACAGCUGAAACUAUGCUUAUUGAAAAGCACAUUGAAACCAAGACUACCAUUGAAACUCAGAAAUAUUUCUUUGAAAAUGUCAAUCAAAGAUGGAUGCCCAAUUUGGUAGAUUCGGCCCAAAAUCUUUUGAAGACUCUGCCACCCCAAGAACAGAAACCCGUAGUUGAUUCCGUAGAAGUGCUACAAUCGAAAUGGCAAAAUGUUUUGUCGCAAGCCCCCUUGCAUUUAAUGAAAUUGGAGUUCCGUGCCGAAGAAUCGCAAUUCUAUCAAACAAUGCAGGAAGUUGAAAAGGAACUUCAUUUGGAAGAGCAAGCUCUUAAUCGCAACGAAGAUGUUGAUUCUAUACUAAAACGCAACCAACAAUUCUUCCUACAUCAAGGUUCCAUCCCCAGACUAGAGAAUUGUUUGCAGAAUAUGUACCGUUUAGAUCAAGCCUACAAACAGCAACAACCCAGUGACAACACUCUGGAGAAUGCCUACAAAAAUGCCCAAGCCCAAUAUUCGCAAUUAUCGAACAAAAUUGCCACCAUGCGCGAGACUCUGCAGCAAAUUCCUGCCCAAUGGGAAUCGUAUCAUGAAAAAUUCAAUGACAUGGUUGAAUGGAUGAAUACAGUUGAUAAGAGUUUGAAGAACAUUGUCAAUGAGGUCAACAGCAUGGAAGAAUUUGAAAAGGAGAAGGUAGUUUUCCAGAAAAUAUGUCAAGAAGCCGAUAACAAACGUGAGGAUAUGAAAUGGCUGGUAAAAACUUUGGAUCACCUUCUUAGCUACGCCAGUGAAGAUGAAGCAAAUGCCGAACAGAAAAAGCUGGAAAACUUAAUCGCCCGCUACAAAAAUCUCAUCCCCACAAUUGAAAUUACCAUGGUGAAAACAGAAGUGUUCUCCAAGUGCUAUACCUAUCGCCGUGAAGUCCAUGAAGUUGUCUGUCUUUUGAGCAAGGUCAAAGAACAAGCUGCCAAUAUACCACCACCCGAUAGUUUGGAACGUGUUAACAAACUUAUUGAAGAGCAACAAUAUGCCAUCAAUCAGUUGGAUCAUCAACGUCCUCAUAUCAUGUCCAUGCUGCAAAGAGGCCGCGACUUGAGCAAAGAUGUUCAUGCUCCAGCAUUUGUGCAAACUGAAGUUAAGAAUUUGGAAACUGGUUGGAAUCAAGCUUACACCCAAACUUCUGAUAAGUUACAAGCCCUUAAGGGUACACAGGCUGUAUGGAAUGAAUUUGCCGAUCAAAAAGCCGACAUUUGUUCCAUGUUGCAGGUGGCUGAGACUGAGUUGAGAGCCCUGACUCCUUUGCAAACUGAUCCCAAGAAUGUUAGUCAAGAUUUGAAGGCCAAGCGUGAAUUGAAUACUCAAUUACAUCAAGCCUCUCAUCAAUUGUUGCCCAAACUUCAUGCCUUAAAGGCGGAAUUAGCACCUUUGGCUGCCGCCGAAAAGCGACCCAUUUUGGAGAAAGAAGUUACUGAGGUGGAGAAAAUGUUCUUCAACACCAUGGAACAUGUUAAGGAUCGUGUUGGUUACUUGGAAGAUUACAGUGCCAAAUGGAAUAAUUACAAGACUCGCUUAGGUGAACUCCAAGAAUGGGCCAAUAAGGUUGCUCCGAAAGCCAUAGAAGCUUUGCACUCUGAAGAUCUUACACCUGAAGAACGUGUCAUGAAGGUUAACGCUUUUAAGGGCACUUUGGCUGAGAGAAUGAAGCAAUUGGAUAUGCUUGCUGCUGAUGCCUCGGAGUUGGCUCCCAAAGAAGGCAAUAUUGCCGAGGCCAAGAGAUUGAAGGGUGAAAUAACCAAACUGCAAGAAGUGCUCAGUGCCAUCAAUCGUAAUGUGGAUCACCAGGCUCAAGCUGUUAAAGAAGACCUUACCAAUUGGCAGCAAUUCCAAACGGGUAUACAGCACUUGAAGCCCAUUGUGGAGGAGAGUGAAAUUAAGGUAAAUACUAUAGUCCCUAAACCUAUGUCCCUUGAAGAAGCAGUUGCCUUGCAACAAAAUGCCAAACAAUUCGAAUCACAUUGCUUGGAGCAAUUAGACCGUCUCCAAGGCAUCUCAAACAUUACACACAAAAUGUUAUGCAAAACCAAUGCCCCUGACGAAGUAGAUGCCAUGCACUCCCGCUGGACCACCGUACACGAAAACGCAAAACAAGCCAGUGGCAAAUUGGAGAAACUUGUUAGCAAUUGGAAGUCAUUUGAAAAUGAUGCAGGUAAACUUGAAGACUGGAUUGAAAAGGGUGAGCAAUGCGUGGGCAAGAAGUCGGCCCUACUCAAUACUCCGCAUGUGGAUAAAUUGGAGAAUGAAUUGGUACGUCUAAAGUCAUUCAACAAUGAAAUUUCCGAACAACAAGCCAAAUUAGUUGCCUUGGGUCAAUCUGCCGAUCAAAUUAGUUUGCAUCUGGCACCCGAGGGCGCUGUUAGUCUUAAGGAUCGUGUGAAUACCAUGAAAGCCAAACUGCAAAAAUUAUCAGAAGCCACUAGAGGUAACAUCAAUGAAAUUUCCGAUGCCAUUAUUGCUCGCCAAGAUUUUAAUGCUAAAAUGGUUAACUUCUCCAACUGGAUGGAUAAUUUGAGAUCCCAACUAGCCCAGGUGGAGGAAAUCAAUCCUGAAAGAGUCGAAACCAGUUUACAUGUCGUCCAUGCUCUUAUGCAAGAACACAAUGACAAGAAGCCUUCUUUCAAUGCUAUUUACGAUGAAGUUAAGCAAAUUUCCUUGGCAGCUUCUCCAGAAGAAACUAAAGCUUUGAAUGAAGCUUACUCUGCUUUGGUGCUAAACUACCAGAACUUGGAAACAAACAUGCAUCAAAAGAAGGUUUGUUUGGAGAAAUGGACUGAACUGUUGAAUUGGAAGCAUGAAACUGAAAACCACAUGAACUAUUUGAAACAUCAAAUCGAGAAGCCCGAAGCUCCCCAACCCCAGGAGUUGAAUAAAAUAAUGACGGAAAUAUCUGCCAUUGCCAAAAAUGUGCCAUAUUGGAAAGCCCAAGCUAAAGAAAUCGAUGAAAAUCCUGUCGUUCAUCUUAAAGAUGCCUUGACUCGCAAACCUUACAUUGCUACACAGAUUGUCAAUGACGUUGAAAAUAAACUGGAGAACUUGCAAUUGCGCACUCAAAACCAUAAACAACAAAUUGAGCAAAUGCAAGUUAGAAAGGAUAAGUUCCAUAAUUUGGAACAUAAUUUGGCCCAGGCUUUGCAAGAAAAUCGUGCCAAAUUGUCAGAAAUCUUGAAACGCAAACCCAACCUUGAAAACAUUGAUCAAAUUAUUGCCGACUUAUUGGCUCUCAAUGAUGCUUUGAAGGUUCAAUCUGAUCUCAAAAACAAAAUUCAUGAUGAGGGUACUCAACUAAUGCGCGAAGAUAUUGGCAGUAUGCCUGCCAUACAGGAUACACUUUUACAUUUAGACAAAGACUAUGAUUCCCUACAAAGCGAAAUUGCUGAUCGUAUCCAAAAGUACGAGUUAAUUUCUCGUGCCUUGCGCGAAUACGCUGAUAUUAAAAAUAAAUUCUCUCAGGAAAUGAAGAAAGCCAAUGAUCUCUACCACACAAUACCCCAACAACCUAGAGACGAAAUGGAGCUACAACAAGCUUCAGAGAAGACACGCAAAACUAUGGACCAAAUUCGUAAGGUCAAGGUAGUUUUAGAUGAAUUCGAUCGCAAGGUCUCAAGUAUAGGUAAACUCUUUGAUAGUAUUGGCGAAGUGAUUCCCCAGGAUAUACCCAAUGAUUUUGCUGCUGCUAAGCAAGGCUAUCAGGAGCUUCACGAUAAGACCGUUAAAAAUGCUCAUAUGUACGAAACUGAAGCUGUUAUUUGGUCUCAAAUUGAAGAUGCCAAAAAGGAUCUCAUGCCUUGGUUGUCCGAAACUAAUCAAGGAUUGUGUGAUGCUGCUGAUAAUAGCAUAGAGAUUGAAUUUGCCCCCAUGCGCCUUACCAAAUACCGUUCCGAAUUGCCUUCUUAUCAAGCCUUAAAAGAUACUAUUGUUGAAAAAUCAGCUGAAUUGUUGAAAAUUAACAACAAUGUAGAAAUUCCUGCCCUGACCGCACUCAAUCAAUUGCUUAACGAACAAUUUGCCGAAGUUGAAGACAAUGCUGAACGUUUGAAUGCCAUCACUGAUCAGUUCAAUGAUCAAGAGCAAGAUCUGAGAAAGAAUAUCAAACAUUCCGGCGAACAAGUAGGAAAAUUGAGGGAACAACUUAUUAAAUGUGAUGAUAUGUCCGGAGAUAAUACCAAGAUUAUCGAACGCUUGCAAAACUGCAGAGCUCUCCAAGCUGAACUCGCUAAAACUGGAAAUGAAAUUGAUAAUAUUAAACAAAAGGUAGACGAGCUGAAGAGCGUAUAUCCCACAUUCAGUGAAUCCAUUAUUCCUAAAGAACUUAAUAAUGUGCAAAAGAGAUACGAUGGUGUCGAUAUGUAUGCCAAGAAAAUUGAAAAUUCUCUUCUGCAGUUCCUUAAGAAAUUCCACGCUGAUAAAGUGGCUAUGUUGAAGAGAAUCAUUACCACUCAAAAGGAAAAGGUGGCCUGGUGUCAACCGGAAAGUACCAGCGAUAAGUAUAAUUUGGAUGUAAAGAAAUCAUCUCUGCAAGAGGUUGGCAAGGCCUUAGAAGAUUGCAAGAAGAGACAGGCUGAAAUCGCCAACUCCUUGGAAAUGCUUAAAGCCAUUGAAUCAGCAGAAAAUAUUGCUGAAUUGGUUAAGGAUGCUGAUUUGUUGAAUUCGGAAAUGAAAGAUUUAGAAAACUCAUUUGAUCAAAUCAAAAAUAUUUUGAAUGAAAAUGUUGAUCUUUGGGUGGAAUAUGAAAAAUCAAAUGAAGAACUCAAUGCCUGGUUAAGAGAUAUUGAGGGACGUAUUAAGGCUGAGACAAGCAAUCAAAUAAACCUUAAUGAUAUUCCCAAGAAGUUGCAAGAACUUUCUGCUCUCCAACAAGACAUCAAUGAACAUGGACCCAUUAUUAAUAACUUGGAAAAGACCUCACAGCAACUAAUUGCCAAAAAUCCAGAAGCUCGUAUUGGUCAAUUUGUUACACAUCUAAUGCAACGUUACCAAACAGUAGCCAAGGGUCUGCAACAAUAUAUGGAUAAACUUAAUGAAACUGCCAAGGCCAAUGAUGAAUAUAAUUCCGCUUUAACCGAUGCCACAGAUUGGUUGUCCGAAGCCAAGGUUGAAUUCCAAGAAUUAGCUCGUAUGGGUUCUCCUGGAUCUUCCUCAGCCACAGCCCAACAAUUGCAGACCAUUAAGAAUUACUUGAAUACCUUCGACAAUGGCCAAAUAUUGUUAAACAAUGCCGUUGAUAUAGGUGAAGCUAUGUACACUUCAGUUACUCCCGAAAAUAGGGAGAAGAUUCGUGCCCAAUUAAGAAACUUGAGAGAGAACUUUGACUACUUGCGUGAUGAAGCUAAUGCUUUGUUGCAACAAGUUGAAGGAGUACUGAUCCAAAAGACCACAAUUGAAGAAAGUUAUACUCAGGUAUCGCAUUAUCUUAAUGAAUCUAAGGCCAAGGCUGCUGCCGUUGAUGAAUUGUAUCCUACUUUGGCUGCUAAAAAAGCCGCCUUACAAAACUACAAGGUGCAGUUACAGGAAGCUACAUUGCACAAGAAUGCCUUGAAACAAUUGCAAGAAAAGGCGGUUGCCUUGUGUGACGAUGAAUCAGAGCGUAAAACUGAAGAAUCCAUUAAAGAAUACAAUGAUUUGUCAAAGAAGAUUACCGAUAGAAUUGGUGUAGUUACUAGCCAAGUGGCCAAACAUGAAGCUUACGAUCAAGUAUUGGAAAAGGCCCAAGAUUGGCUGAAUACCAUCAAAUCGGAAGCCAUUGAUAUUCUGAAUGAAACUACGUUUGAAAAGGAAGGUGCGGAAGAGAAACUUAUUGUUGUAGAAAAUCUUUUGCAACAUAAACCCGAAGGUGAUACAAUAUUCGAGACAUGCCAUCAACUCUUGAAUACGGUGCUUUCGCAAACACAUCCCUCAGGCCAUCCAGCCUUACUGAGAAGUUUCCAAGAACCCAAAAAUGCUUGGGAUGAAUUUAUGGUAUUGUGCCAAGACUCGUUGGUCAAGUUGAAGCAAUUGUGCUCUAAAUGGGAUGAAUUUGAAACCAUAAUUGAUGAAAUCGAUAACUGGAUGAAGAGUGUUGAGGCUGUGGUUAAGAACCAAUCGCUCAAGAGUACAGCCGAAGCCAAGAAAGCUCAUCUACAACAACUGCUAACAUUUGCCAAUGACAUCGAAAAGAAAGCCAAAUCAAUUAAUAACUUAAUGGAUCAAGGACGUGAAAUCGAAGGAGAAACCGACUUGAAUCUGAAACUAUCCCGGUUGAAUACUAGAUAUCAAACCCUAAAGAAUCUUUGCAAGGAAUCUAUUGCCAAAUACCAGAACUAUGUCAAAGACCAUGAAGCCUUCGAUGAAGACUAUGAAAAAUUCAAACAAGAGUUACAGUUGUGCGUCGAUGAAUUGGAAAAGAACAAAGAUGUAGUGGGUGACCAAAAUCUUUUGCAAGAAAGACAAAACAAAUUGAGAGACAUGUCGGACAAGAGAAUUAACGAUGGCACAAUCUUUGAAAAUCUCAUUGAUAAUGGUGAAAAGUUGUACGGCCACACAAGUCCUGAUGGUCGUGAAAUUAUACGCCAACAAUUGAGAAAUCUACGCACAAUGUGGGAUAACUACACCGAUGAUCUUAACCAAGCUUCUCAAAAAAUUGAUCAUUGCAUUUUGCAAUUCAAUGAAUUCUCCAUUGCCCAAGAUCAAUUGACCAAAUGGCUUAAGGAUGUCGAUAAGGCCAUGCAAAGUCACACUGAACCCAAAACAACUUUGCAAGAAAAGAGAGCCCAAUUGCAGAACCACAAACUUUUGCACCAAGAAAUCACCACCCACAAUGUAUUGGUCGACAAUGUGUGCGACAAGGCUCAAGCUUUAGUUGAUCAAAUCAAGGAUAACUCGCUCAAUGUAUACCUGCAAUCGAUUAAGCAAUUGUUCAAUAAUAUUGUACAGAAAUCUGAAGAAAUUUUGAACAAUUUGGAUGACUGUGUGCAAAAACACAAUGACUUAAAUAACCAAGUCGCAGCCGCCAAGACCUGGAUUUCAGGCGAAAAAGCUAAACUGCUUGAAUGUGAUGAUGCCUAUGGCGAGAAAUCAGAUAUUAAACGCAAAAUCGAGACUUUACGCCACUUGGCCGAAAAUAAACCACAAGCCAUGAAAAUAGUUUCCGAUAUUAGAGAACAAUUUGAAAAGGUUAAGCCCUCCACUUCCGAGAAGGGCAAUGAAGUUUUAACCAAAGAAAUCGAUGAACUGGAAACCACUAUCAAAUCUCAUUUCGAUGAUAUUGAAGGCAUUGAGGGCAAGCAGAAUGAUGUUUUGCAACAAUGGAAUAACUUUGAGCAAAAAUUGGAGGAGCUAACCAAGUGGUGCAGAUCUGCCGAAGCAGUGUUCCGCGAACAACAAUUGCAGUCCACAUUACACGAAAAGGUCGAGCAAUUGGAAAAAUAUAAAAUCCAAAGAGAUUUAAUCUUGCAAAAAGAAAAGGAAAUUGAUGCCUUCGCUGAUGCAGCACACGCUCUGCUAAACAAUUCUGGCGCAGACCGUUUGAGGACUUUGACUUCUCAAAUUACUAACCGUUAUCAACUCCUGCAAGUACUAAGCAAAGAGGUCGUAAACAGAUGGACCAACUUAGUGGACGAUCAUCAAUUCUAUCAGGAUAAAUACAAUGAAGUUGACUUGUGGCUACAACCUAUCGAAAAACAACUGGAACAUGCUGAAAAAGAAGAUGCUUCCCAGGUGAGCAAUAUCCUUGAGGUUUUACUCUCUGAAAGGGAUCAAGCCGAAACAUUAUUUGCUGCUCUAAAUGCUGCAGGUGAAAAGGCUUUACCUGAAACUUCUACCCAGGGAAGAGAGAAACUUCGUAAGGAUAUGCGUGAUAUUCGUGACAGAUGGGAUAAAUUGGAUGAAGGUAUCCGUAAUCUACAAAAGAAGCAGGAAGCCCAAACUGUUCAGCUCUCUAGCUACCAAGAUAUCCUGGGUCAAGUUGUCAAUUGGUUGGAACAAGUUGAGAAGGCCGUACAAAAUGAAAAUCCUUCUACCUGGACUAGUGCCCAAGAGAUUCGUUCAAAAUUGUAUAAAUUUAAAACCACUCAACAGGAUAUUAACUCUCAUAAACGCAUAGUGGAGGCCGUAAAUGAAAAGGCAACUAUUUUGCAAAAUUCUACACAGCCUGCCAAUGCUGCUCAAAUAAAACAAGCUGUUGAUGAUGUUAACAAACGUUAUGAGAAGGUUGCCAAUGAUUGCAACAAACUAAUGCAACAAUUGGAAGAAUCCUUUGAAGUGUAUCAACAAUUUAGUGAAUUGCAAAAGGCUCAACAAGACUACCAAAAGAACUUGUGGGAUCGUUUAACCAGUUACUCUGAGUACUCGGGUAAUAAGCCAGCAUUACAGGCUCGCUUAAGCAAGAUUAUCGAAAUUCAAGAUUUAUUGCCGGAAGGUUCCCAAAAACUACAAAAUCUAUCGGAUCAUAUCGACAACAAUGCCAAAAUUCUACCAGCUCGUUCUAAGGAAGCCAUGACACGCGACUUGAGCAACUUACAUGCUGAUUUCGAAAAAUUCUCGGCUGCUUUAAGUGACGUUAAGAGUGGUCUUGAAAAUCGCCUACAACAAUGGGGAGAUUAUGAAGUAAAUCUCGAUCAAUUGAUUACCUGGUUGGCCGAAUCGGAAAAUGCUUUGAAAAAUUAUAAUCCUAAAUCCACAAUGGAAGAGAAAGAAGAUCAGCUAAACAAAUUCCAAUCUUUGUCUCAUAACCUGAGACAAAAGGAGAUUGAAUUUGAGAAAAUUAAAGAUGAUUCAUCUGAACUGAUACAAAGUUCGGGAGAAACUCGUAUUGCUGUCAAUGUUCAACAGGUCACUUCCAGAUUCCAAUCCAUACAGGCUACUACUAAGGAAAUCCUUAAGAAAUGCGAACAAGCUGUACAAGAUCACAAUGCCUACAAUGAAAAGUACAAGCAAUGUUCCGACUGGAUGGCCAGUGCCCAAGCUAAAUAUGAUGACAGUAGUGAUUUGGCUCAUGUCGGCACCCGUGAAGAUUUACUGAAAAAACAAAUCGCAAGCAAAGAAUUAUUGGCCCAGCAACCAUCAGCUAUGCUGUUGCUGAACAACACUAUUGAAUGUGGAGAGAAGUGUUAUCCCUCAACUGCCACAGAAGGCCGUGAAGCAAUUCGUUCACAAUUGGAAGAGUUGCAACAGACAUUCGACCAAUUGUUUGACAAAAUCACCACUAAUGCCAGAAAAAUACAGGAUCAAAUGUCGAAAUGGUCUGGCUUUGAUGAAAUCGCCGAGAAGCUGCAAAACUGGUUAAAUACUAUUGAGAAAACCGUACCAGGCGAAAUCGAGCUCAAGACUACAUUGGAUGAAAAGAGAGCUAAACUGCAGAAUUAUAGAGAUGCCCUUAACGAUAUUAACAACCAUCAAGCUGAAAUCGGUAAUUUACAAGAGAUCACCGCCAAUCUUCCCGAAAAAACUGAACAUGUUGAGGAAACAACUAAAGACAUUGUAGAUCGCUAUAACAAAGUACAAAAACGUGCUCAACAAUAUGUUGAAAAUUACGAAAGAUUUGUUAGUGCUCAUCAACAGUACUGUAAGGCUGUCAUGGAUGCACAAGAGUUCAUUGAAUCUACUCACAGCACCAUUGACUAUUGGGGAGAUUUGGACUUGGAACAAGUAUCGUUGCACACCAAUCUAGAUCGUUUGAAGAACUUAAAAUCUAACUUGGCUGAUGAAUUCCCUCGUGUAGAUCAAGUCAGAACAUUGGGUGAAUUAGUUAUACCCGGUACUGUAGAAAGCGGCCAAGUUAAUAUUAAAUCUCAGAUUGACAAUACCCAACAAGAAUGGGAGAGCUUAAUUGCUAAUCUUAAUACCACUAUCGAGGCAAUUGAGACUCGUUUGCAACAAUGGUCUGAUUACGAACAAUUACGUGAUCAAUGUUUGGCUUGGAUUAGAGAUGCUGACAACAAAUUACAUUCCGUUGACCUGAAAUCCAAGUUGGCCGAAAAGAAAUCCCAAUUGGAAGAACUUAAGACUUUGCAAGGUGAAGUAAGAGCCAAGGAAUUGGAAAUCGACAAUGUAUCUGAAAAGGCCCAACUACUAAUGAAGGGCCCUUCAGCUUCCCGUUCGUCUGGUCCUGAAUUGGUUACUAAAUAUCAACAACUAUUCCACAAAGUUAAGGAACUCAACAACCGCUGGCAGCAGUACGUUACAUCUCACCAAGAGUUCGAUAAUUCUAUAUCCGAAUGUACCUCUUGGAUUAACGGCAUCAAGGAGAAACUAGAAUAUUGCUCGGAUAUGUCUUCGAUGAAUCAAAAGGAAUUGGACAAAAAAUUGGCUACAAUUCAAGAUGUAAUCCUUAUGAAAGAUGAGGGUUCUGCUAAGGUUUUGAGUAUUGUUGAAUUGGCACAAAAUGUUUUAGCAAACACAGCACCAAGUGGCCAUGAUGCCAUCAACAAAGAUUUGUCUGAUUUACAAGAUCUUUGGUCAUCCAUUGCAUUGCGCAUCGUUGAUGUAAAGGGUCAGUUAGACGAUUCCAUUACACAAUGGUCUGGAUUCUUAGAACAGGUACAAAAUGUUAACAAAUUUAAUGAUUCACUGGAUGCUACCCUAAAGGAACUUUCUGAAUAUCAAGCAACAAUGCCUGAAAAGAGAGCUCAACUUGAUCGCAUUAAGUCUACCGAGGAAAAAGUACGCAUGGAAAAAAUCGAUGUGGACUCGUUGAAAUCCCAAGCUAAGGAGAUGCUUGCUAGUGGCCAACAAAGCCAAGCAGCAUUCCAAGCCCAAAAGGUUUUGGAUCGAUUUGAUGAAUUGGCGGCUAAAACAGACAAACUGCUCACCGAGAGACAAGAUCAAUACAGAGAUCAUAGACUAUACAAAGAAGCCUAUGAUGAUUUGGUUAGUUGGAUUAGCAGGGCUAGAGAGAAGUUCCCUUCAUUGAAACAAAGCAGUCUUAGCGAUAAAUUGGCCAUUGAAAAUGCUGUACAAGCCACUGAGAAUAUGUUGAACAAACAGGCACAGGGCGAAUUAUUGGUUGAACAUUUGACCCACACUGGUGAGGUGGUGAUGUCUAGUACAUCUAACCAGGGCCAAGAAAUUAUACGCAACGAUAUCCGUUCUCUAAGAGACAGUUUCGAAUCUUUGUUCCGUGACAUCAGUUCCCAGAAGGAGAAUCUCGAGGAAACAAUGAUCCAAUGGAGAGCAUACAAAGAGGAAUAUGAGCGUCUCAUGGAAUGGUUGCAGCAAAUUGAUAUUCUGGUUAAGAAUCACAAGCUGAAUAUGUUGCCCAACUUGAAGGAGAAAGAAAAACAAGUAGCUGAUAUGCGUGAUAUCAUGGGCAGGCUCGAAAAGGGCAAGAAUGAUAUUGAAAAGUUCAAUAACUCCGCUGCUGGUCUGCUAAAAUCACACUUGGAUACUUAUGUCAACAAUCAGUUGAGACAUUUGAAUUCUAUGUAUCAAGUACAGGUCAAUUUGGCUAAAGAUGUUUUGAAAAAGGUAGAAACCAACUGUGAACAACAUCGUGAAUUCGAAGGUAAUUUACAAAGCGCUAAGGAUUGGAUUAACAAUGCCAAGGAUGUUAUUAGAGAAGCCAGUGAUUCUUCGAGUGCUGGUUCCAAGGAACUUCUUGAAAAGCGUUUGGAAAAAAUACAAAAUCUCAUACGCAAUCGUGAAGUGGGACAGAAUCUGGUUCACACCGCUAUCAACAAUGGCGAAAAGGUGGUACGUAACACCCGCUCCGAUGGCCGUGAUGCCAUUAAUAAUGAAAUGAAGGAGUUGCAAAAUGAUUGGGACCGUUUGGUUAAGAAAAUGUCUACUGCCAAGGUGCAAUUGGAGACUAAUCUCCUGCAAUGGGCUGACUACAGCUCCAGCUACACUCAAUUACAGAAAUGGAUUACCGAUAGAGAAACCAAGUUGCAGCAGGCCUGCGAACAGAAAAUUAACAAAUCUAAGGGUGCACCAAGACUUAGCAGUGGCUUAAGUGAACGUAAGGCUAACUUACGUCAAACCAACAAUAUUGUCCAGGAUAUAGUGUCGUUCGAACCUAUGAUCCAAUCUGUUGCGUCCAAGGCUUCCGAUUUGCAACAAGGAGCCCCUGCCUCCGAAAUAUCCAACAAAUAUGAGACUCUCACUAAACAGGCCAUGGAGUUGUAUGAAAAACAAAAGAACACCAUUGACCAAUACCAAGCCUUUAUUGAUGUGGGCAAUGACUUUGCCACCUGGUUGCGUAAUGCCAAGGAACGUUUGAGCAAAUGUUCUGAACCCACCGGCGACAAACAAGCUUUGGCAGAGAAGACUCAUCAAUUGAAGAUCCUGCAAAGUGAAGUGCCCGAAGGACAAAAGAAAUUGGAAGCAGCUUUGGCUCAAGGCGAAAAGGCCUGCAACGAAGCAGAGCCCGAAGAUAGAGAAGUUAUUGAACAAGAAGUGGCAGUUUUGCAAGAAGAAUUUGAUGCCUACGUUGAUAACCUCAUGAAAACUAAAGACUACUUAGAAAUGGGUAUUGUGAAAUGGUCCGAUUAUCAAGAUCAAUACACCGAAGCUUUGGAUUGGUUGACAAAAACCGAGGCUUUGGUGCAAUCCUACAACAAAUUGCAAGAGAAUCUUACACAAAAGAAGGUGGUUCUCGAAGAAUUCCAAGGUCAUUUACAGACUCUGUUUGACUGGCAAAAAACUUUGGAUCUGUUGAAUAUGAAGGCGCAAAUGCUGUUGGAGACUUGCUCUGACACCAGAAUUAGUAACGCCAUUAUGCAACUUACCACUAAAUACAACGCCCUGCUAACCUUAGCCAAGGAAGUAAUGCGUCGUUUGGAAAUGCACUACCAAGAACAUCAACAACAUCACACUCUCUAUGAAGAAUGUCAAUCAUGGAUCGAACAGACCAGAGAGAAAUUGCAGCAAUGCGAAAUCAUACCUAGCACUUUGAAUGAAGUCCAAAUUAAAUUGAAUACCGUUAAGAACUUAAGACAAGGUUUCGAAUCGGGACAAAACAAACUACGCUACUUGCUCGAACUUAAAGAAAAGGUUAUUAUGAACACCGAACAGAGCGGAGCUGCCAAAAUACAAGAAGACACUGAUACCUUGAAACAAGACUACGAAGACUUGCUCAAUCAAAUGAAUGACGUUAAGCAGAAGUUGAUGAACCGCUUGGCAAAAUUGGAGGAAAUCUUCAAAAUGUACAAACUUUUGCAAGAGUGGUUAGAGGAGGUAGAACCCUCAUUGAAAACAUCCGAUGACUUCUUAAACGAUUUGAGUGAAAAGCGUGCUGCUUUGGAGAAAUUCCGUGCCGUACAAAGAGAUUUCAAUGGUCACAACGAUAUGGUAGAAAAAAUCAACGUACGUUUGACCGAAGACAAUUCGCUGGAUCGUGACAAUUUCGCUCCCGGUUUAACUAAAUUCGAUGAGCUUCAACAAAAGGUCAAUGCUAUUAUUGAAUCCCUUGAGAAUCAAGUCAAUAACCAUGAAAAAUACAAGCAAUCCCUUAAUGAAAUCCAGGAAUGGCUACGCAACACCAGAAUUGAAAUCGAACAGUGUUCCAACUGUCAUGGCGAAAAGCAACAGGUAGAAGAUCGCUUAAAUAAAUUGGGUGAUAUCGAUGCCAGCAUGAUGACUGGCAAGUCUUUGCUCGAUGCUUGCCAGGAAUUGUCACAAGCUGUUAUCAGCACCAGUGGCAAUGAAGGUCAAGACUCUGUUACACAAGAAAUCAAGCAUUUGUCAUCUGAAUGGGAUGCCGUACAAGCCAUGUCCCGUGAGGCCAGAUCUAAUCUAGAGUCUGCGCUAAAUGCCUGGUCAAGCUUCUUGCAGAAAUUCAAUAAGAUCAACAAAUGGAUUGAAGAUAUUACGCAGAGAGUUAACCAUGCCAGUGAAACUGAAAACAAAACUCCCGAACAUUUGGUUAAUGCCAAGAAACUUCUGGAGGAAGUUGUGGCUGAAAAGGAUAAUGUGGAAGAUUUGAAUGAUGCUUGCGAAUUGUUAAUGGAACACAGUGCUUGCUCCAGAGUUCGUGAUCAAACUGUCGAUACACAAGCCAAUUAUACCAAGUUGUUGACAUCUGCUCAGGGUUUGGUUUCUAAAAUCGAAAAGAACUUGUCCGAUCACACUGAAUUCCUUAACUACAAAAAUGAAAUGGAUGCCUGGAUUGAAAAGGCCCACCAAGUUUUGGAUAGCUGCAAUGGCGAUGAUGACAUUCAAAAGCUGGCUCAACAAAUCGAAACUGUUAAUUCUCUGUCCUUACGUUUGCCCGAGGGUCAACACCUUUUGGGUAUGGUACAAGAUGCCUAUUCCAAGGCCUCCAAUGUAUUGCCUGAAGACAAACAAGAAAAGUUACGUGAUCUAAUGACUAAAGUGCGCGAAGACUGGGACUCACUGGGCGUUGCCAUCAAACAGAAGCUGAUUGAUUUGAAACAAAAGCAAUCACGCUGGUCUGACUUCUCAGCCAAUAUGGAGAAGUUAAACAAGUGGCUCAAUGAGGUAGAAACCACAUUAAAAUCUCAGCCCGAUACUAAGGGAGAAUUCAGUGAGAUGAAGACACAAUUAGAACGUUACAAGUCAUUGCAAGGUGAUAUUAAACUGAAGGGUUCCGAAUUGGAAAAUCUCAUCUCAGAAGCUAAAGAAUUGGCCACCGAUCUUGAUGAUGUGCAUCGUUUGCAAGGCAGAUGGGAUAAGGUUAAAAAUGAUUGCGCCAAUCAUAUCAAGAACUUGGAGGGUGAAAUUAACGAUUACACUUCGUAUCAUCAAGCAUUGCAGGAUAUAGAAAAAUGGCUAUUGCAAAUCUCCUUCCAAUUGAUGGCUCACAAUUCAUUGUUCAUUUCCAAUCGCCAACAGACCCAGGAACAAAUUAAACAGCAUGAGGCAUUGUUGGAUGAAAUACAAAAGUAUCAGUCCAAUAUUGAUGAAUUAAAUGCCAAGGGUAAAAUGCAAAUUAAACGCUAUGAAGCCACUACCCCGGCCAUUCGCGACACCGUCGAAUCACAACUUAAGAACAUACAAGACAGCUACAAUUCAUUGUUGCAAACUUCGGUGCAAAUACGCAAUCGUUUGCAAGAAUCUUUGGCUAAAUUCCAAGAAUAUGAAGAUACUUUGGAUAGUAUAAUGCGUAACUUGGAGGAGUAUGAACCCAUCAUACAAACAGAAUUGGAUGCACCGGCCACCACCUUGGAAAUGGCCCAGAAUCAAUUGAAGUGUGCCCAAAAUAUGCAACACAAAUUGAACAAUGAAAAGUCUAGAUUGGCUAGUGCCGUACAGGCUUGUGAGGCUGCCACUGCUUCCAUUAGCAGACCCAGCUCCCCAUUGGAAACUGCCAUGCAGGUUAUACCCGAACGUGAACUGAUAGUGCGCGCCAAACUUGAAGAUUUGUUGGAUCAGAUACCCAGUAAAAGAACUCUAAACUCAACUAAGGAUAAUGACGAUUUAGUCGAUGUUGAGCUUUCUGAAGUUAAUGAUAUUUUACUGGAUGCUGUAGCUUAUGAGCGUAUACAAAAUUUCAAGCAAAUAAUACGUUUAAAUAUAAAACUUGUCGCUAGAAUGUACGCUCUCAACACUAAGGUACAAUCACACUUAGGAGGAUUGAUUGCUUCCGUUAGUGAAUUAGAGCAACAGCAAAAACAACGCGCCGAAUUGGGUGAUUGGAUUAAGAAACAACAAGGCUCCGUUAACGACUGGUUGACCCGUCCCUGCAAGUUGCGUCCAGAAGCUGCCAAACAAGAAUUGGCCACUAUGAAUGACUUGUUGGGAUCCAUUGGUGAUAAGCGUUCUCAAUUGUUACUCGAUAUGACUGGAUCGCUUGCCGAUGAUGACACCGAUCUCGAUGACAAUAUCGAUAAAUUGGAAUCCCAAUUAAUGGAUGCUAUAGCCAAGAAACAAGCCGGUCAAAAUGUUAUUGAUGGCUAUCGUCAAGGCGUACAUGAUAUGCAAAAUUGGUUCGAUAAUCUCAUUAAGCGCAUGGAUGUCUUGGACAAGGGUUCCGGCUUGAAUUGUGCCCAAAAGAUGGCCGCCAUUUCGGAAAUCCAAAAAGAAUUUACCCAACAAGGACCCCAAAAGUUGCAAGAGCUUAAGGGUAAGGCAGCACAAGUAGCUGAUGUUAUUAGCAAUUUGGAUGGCCAACAAGUUGAAGAACAAAUGAAAUCGUUGGACAGACGUUAUGCUGAUUUGGGCAAGCGUCUCGAACGUAAGGCUCAGCUAUUGGAUGUCACUAAUAAGGGUGUGGAAGGUGUCAAGGGAGAAAUUGAUCAAUUGCAAAAUUGGGUCAAGGAUAAAAUCCAAGAGGUGCAAGCACCCGCCACCAUGGGCUUUGAACCUAAAUCUGCCGAGGCCAGACAACAGGCUAUUAAGGCUUUGAUGAAGGAUGCCGAAAGUAAACAGUCAUUGGCUGAUGCUUUAGAAAAGAGAAUUGGUAACAUGCAACCUGAAUUGGAACCCGCCGAAUAUGCCCAACUGGAAUCCGCCUUGCGUAAUCUUCAUUCUGAUCAUAAGAAUCUAACAGAUGCUUUGAAGUCUGAAAUGGAUAAGGCUUUGGAUGCCACCAAGGCCCGUAAGUCAUUGGAAAAUGACUUGGAUAAGGCUCGCAAUUGGUUGAAGAGCAAAAUUGCUGAGGUUAGAAAACUGCCAGUCUAUCAUCCUCUUACUUCCACUGAAAUUGAAAACAAAAUUUUGGAAAAUAAGAAAUACGAUGAUGAUGCCAAACAAUUCAAUGACAGCGUUUUAAGUGAUAUUCAAAGACAGGCAGCUAACAUCCUAAAGGAUUGUUCUGAUGCCGACAAGGCCGCCUUACAAAAGAUUCUAGAUGAAAUCGAUGCUGAUUACAAAACACUCAAGGAUGAAAGCGGCAAGAGAGCCACUUCCCUAAAUGAUCUUUUGCAGGGUCGCAAAGCAUUCGAAGAGUCUAUGAAGAAAAUGAGUGAUUGGUUGAAUGAAAUGGAAACUGCCACAGAGGGAGAAUUGAGAACAUCUAGUCUUCCCGUUUUGGAAGAGCAAUUGGCUCACUAUAAGAAAUUAAUGGAUAAUGCUAAGGGCAUGGGUGGUCUUGUGAAUGACAUUAAUGAGCAAGGCAAGAGUAUUUUGCCUACCUUAAGCAACCCCGACAAACUGAAACUUAAUGAGGACAUUAAGAACAUGAAGGAUCGUUAUGGCAAAAUUAAUCAAUGCCUGGGCGAUCGUGUCAACACCUUGGAAGAUCACAUCAAGAAAUACAAGGAUGCUAAGAGCAAGUUGACUGAAUGCAUGGACUUCUUGAAUAACGUACAACAGAAAUUAAGAGAUCUUAAUAAACCAGUCGGUUCUAAAAUCGAAGAUGUCCAGGAAUUGUUGGGUGCCUAUGAAGGCAUUCUCAAGGAGUUAAAGGACAGCAAGCAAAAGAUGGGUGAUAUGAAGGUUGAUGAUUUGCCCGAAUUGCAAAGUAUUUUGGCCCAACAAGACGAUAUGAUCAAAUUGAUCGAAGAUCAAUUGGCCCAUUUGAGACAAUUGUUGUUAUUGCGUGAACAAUUCAUUACCUUGAUCAAUGAAAUCAUAGCCUUUAUCAUGAAAUACACAGAUGUCAUUAUUGACAUUGAAAAUGCUCCCGACAGCUUGGAGGAGAAAAUCACCAAAUACGAUGAUGUCAUUGUCAAGAUACAAGAAUGUGAAGGCAUUUUAGCUUCGGCCACAGAUAAGGGUCAAAAGAUUGCCUCGGAAGGUACUGCAGCCGAUAAGAAUUCCAUUACUGAACAGCUGCAAUCAUUGAAGAACCAACUGGGUAAUCUACGCAAGGCUGUAGAACAACAAAGACAAAAACAUCAAAUUCAACUUGAACAUCACAAGAAAAUGGCCGCCGAACUUUCUGAAAUACUCGAUUGGUUGCACAAUAAUGAAGGCAAUGUCAAGUCUAGACCUUUGUUGGACAGAGAUCCCGAUUCUGUAGAACAUGAAUUGCAAAAGCAUCAAAAACUUAGCGCCGAAGUUAAGGAAUAUCUCGACAAGUUCAACAAAAUCAAUAGCGGCAUCAAAACCGAAGUUGGUAUGCCCAGUUCUUUAAUAGAAAUGUUAUCGGAGGGUCGCUCUUUGGUGUCCUCUUUGCCUCAAGAGCUUGAAGAACGUGAAAAAUACUUGAUAAACAACCGCAAUUCAAGAUUGGAAUUCAUGAAGCUUGUUUCCCAAUUCAAGGAUUGGUUGCACGAAGCCGAAGAUCGUUUGCAAUUGGGCAAACAUGGUAUUGACUAUGAGAAUCUUGUGCGUGAUCUAGAAGAGCACAAGGUCUUCUUUGGCAACGAACAACCUAUUCGUAAUUUGGUGCACAAGCAAAUUCAAGAUGCCGCCGAUAAAAUCUGGCCUUCCCUUAACAACUACGAACAAACCGAAUUGUCCGCAGAGCUGUCCAGCAUGCAAACUAAAUUGACCAAUAGCUUGGCUCAAGCUAAAACACAACAAGGUGAGCUGGAGAAGGAACAUGAACGCUGGCGUGAAUACAAACAGUCGGUUGAACGUGUUAAGGCCACCAUUGAACGUUCCAAAUUCACCGAUGAACCCGUGCAAAAUUUGGCUGGUGUUCAUUUCAAUAUACAGAAAUUGACCCAUGCCAUUGGUAAUAUUCAGAGCCAAACCAGCGACAUCACUUUGGCAAAUCAACAAGCCCAAGGAUUGCAACGUCAAUCGGAUGCACGUAAUCGUCAGCUGAUUGAACAGGAUAAUAUUGAAUUGAAUCGCUUGUGGAAGGAGUUGAUAACUACAUUGGAGCAACGUCGCGACAAUUUGCAAGCCAUUGCCGACAAGUGGGACGAUUUCGAGAAUAAAUUACUUGCCUGGGAAAAAUCUUUGGGACGUUUGUCGGAUAAAUUCCGCAAUGUCGACCCAGUGGUAAGAUCUCGCCGUCAUUUGGAAGAUACAAAGCAUGCUAUCCAGGAAAUACUGUGUGAAUCUGAAGAACUUAAAUCAUCACAUAAAGAUAUUGAGGCGCUCUCAAAAUCAAUCGUCACAUUCCUUAGGGAAGUACACCAACCCUCGGCGGAGGCCAUACAGGCCAAAUUGGAUAACCUAGUUAAACAACAAAACGAAUUAAACGACUCUCUGAAAGAAAAGGAUAGUCAGGUUGGUCGUGAUUUGGAAGAAAUUGAGGCCAUUUUCCACAAAAUCUCUUCGCUGCAAGACAAAUUCAACAGCUUGUUGGAGGAAAUCCAUGCUGUUCAUGCAUUUGAUGAAAAUAUUGUUAAAACCGAAACAAAAUUAGAGGAAUUGGAGAAACAAGUACAGGAGACGGUGAAAGCUUCACAAAGUUUGAUAACGCAAACAAAGGAAUCGUAUCUUAAGAAACAAAACCUAAUACCCAGUGACAUUGACCAGGAAUUUACGGCAUUGGAAUUACUAUCGGAACGUGUACAAGGCAAUAUGGAGUCCAAACAGAAAGAAUUCAAACGCGCCAAAACGGUACGCACAGACUAUUUGGCCGGUGUGGAUGAUAUCCAAAGAUGGCUUAUGCAGGCCGAAAUGGAAGUACAAGAUCGCACUCUAGCACCCGCCCAAAUGAAAGAACUCCUGCACCGCAUUAACCAAGAGAUUACCGGAAUAUAUGAACGCUUUACCAUGGUGAAAACAAAUGGCCAGCUGAUCAUAGACAAUUGCCGCAACAGUGAGGAAAAAGUAUUGGUACAGACCACCAUCGAUCAAUUGGCCCAACAGUUAGGACAAGUACGCUCUUGGUUGGAUGAAAAGAAACAGCAAGUCGGUGAUAGUUUAGAUGCCUGGAGCAGAUUCAUGAAUCUGUACCAGAUUGUUAUGUCUUGGGUGGCAGAGAAACGCAUAUUCUUGGAGCAAACUAUUGAACUGAAAACUUUACCUGAAGCCCGUAGCAAACUCAAUGAUUAUGUGGCGGCUGUGAAGAGUAUUAAACCGAUUGUUAAGAAUUUAAGCGAAAUGGACAAGGAAUUGGAACACAUAAGUCAAGUGACCACAGUGGGAGAUCUCAAGGAAAAAUUGCAAGAAGCUGAAGAUGCCAAAAUUUCAGUGGAAGCUGUUUUAUUGGAAAGGAACGCCCUAUUGCAAGAAGCUUGCGAGGAAUGGGAUCAAUGUGAACGUAAAAUUAAGGACAUACGCAGCUGGAUAGAAAAGACCAAACAAUCAUUGGAUUCGCCCCAACACAAAAAGAAACCCCUGAGAGAUCAAUUGGGCUACUCAGAGAAAUCCAUUGCCGAUAUAAAUGUACAGAAAACCAAAUUAAGACUGUCUAUUGAAAAACUAGAGGUUCACUUUAAGAAUGGCAUGGGUGGUGAUCCCCGCUUAAGUGAAAAUGUUGAUGAAUUGUUGAAGGAGUUGGAUGGCCUGGCGGUUUUAGUGAAAACUAAAGGCUCCAGUCUUGAAGAAACCCUUCAACAAAUCGACAUCUACCAACAGCAAAUGCAAAGCUUAAGGCACAAGAUCAUACAAGAAGAACAACAAUUGAGACUGGUAAUGGCACCCACCUACUUGCCUCACGAUCGUGAGCGUGCUAUGGCCGAGCAACAGGCUCUGCGUGCGUCUGUUGAAGAUAUGCAACAAAGAUAUGAUGUAAUUGCCGCUCUAUCUUAUACUCUGGAUCCACAUUCGGUGGUCGCCACUUCAUCAUCCGUAUCUAUGAUGAUGAAGCCCUCAAAAUUAGGUCUGACCUAUGCCGAGGUAUUAGGAGGCCACUCAUCGCCCGAAACCCAAACACAAAAGGGUUCAAGUCCCGUUUAUGAAGUCACUUAUGAUGGGCAAACCUUUACGCAAGAAAAGGCAGAGCCUAAAGUGCAGCAAGACAUAACUACGGAAGAAUAUACCGAUGAGUUUGGCACUAAACGCACAAUAAUUACCACCACCACCAAGACCACCACCAGCUCUACGACAACCAACAUACCCGAAUAUCACUCAAACAAGGCUCGUGACAGUAAUACAGAUUACAAGGAGAAUGUAACAGUAGAAGAAUUUGAUUAUAGCGUUCCUACUAAAAUAGAAGGCUUCCAACAGCAGCAACAACAACAACACGUCUAUAGACAAGAACCGCAGGUCGGUAAGCAUCAUAUACAAGUGCCUAGAGAGCAGCAAAGAGGUCGUUCACCUAGACGCAAGCAACAGAAGCAACGUCAUCAACCUGUUAAGGAACACUCGGAAAUGAAAGUAGAAAGUAGACCCACCUCCGAAACGAAAACCAAUGUAACCGAACAUACUAUGUCACAUUUAUUGCUAGCACCCGAACAAGAUAGAGCACGCUCGAAGAGCCCCAUGUGGGUGCCUGGUUCCACCUCGUACGCUGAAGUAUUAAGAGGUCUGGAAUUGGAAAGGCUGAGGCAACAAGCCCUAAAAGAAAGUGCAAUGUUGAACAAUGCAAAACAACCUCAACAAUAUGAAAUGCAAAUUGAAACAAUUGAAACCCGCAUGAUUCCCCAAGAAACGGUACAAGAAAAGGUGCAGGCGCCUUUACAAACAACGCAAACGGUUUCCCAAAAUGAGGUUACAACAAUGUUGAACUAUUACACCGAAAAUGUACAGCCUUCAUCCUCCUCGUCAUCACCCCUACAGGAAGCCAUUACAACGCAUAGUGUUCCGGAUGCAGGCACUAACACAUACACUAGUACUUACACAACGAACAUUCCUAUGACAGCUGAGGAGAUACAAGCCACUUACUUGCAGCCAGAUCUAAAACUGUAUCAAUCCAUGUAUGAAAAUUUGACCGAUAGCGAACAGUGGGGCUAUGUGGCUCAAUCACCGGUAAUGCCGGUCCAACAAUCACAGUCCGAUAGUUUUUAUGAACAAAUGAUGCAAGUGCAAUAUACCCAGCCCGCUGCUAUGACCACCACCUAUACAGGUUAUCAGUAUCCCACUCAAGCAGCCCAAUACCAAUUGGUAACUACGCCCGGUUAUUAUGACCCCAAUCAAACUCAACAGCCAACCGAGGCAUAUCAUUCGGUUUAUGCGCCAACCACUGAGCAAAUCUAUUACAAUCAAUCGCCACAAAGCGAUUAUCAACAAUAUGUUUAUGAACAAGUGGCUCAGCCUCAAACCGAAGAUUAUCAAAAUGUUUUAAGUGAAACUACACAGGUUGAAUCCUCAUUAAAUAAUGUCGAAACCACGUUAGCUUCUAUGAUACAGCAAACAACCGUAACUUCGACCACGACUCACAUACAAAGUCAACCCGAAGAAGUGACUCUUUAUGAGCCCCAAGAGAUACAGGUUGAAGAACCUAUACCCGACAUUACGUUCGGACAAUUUGAUAUCAAUGAAAUCGAAAAUAUUCCCCAAGAAACCGCUAUGCCACAGACUGAUAAUGUUACCCUGGUAACACAGAGCAUAGAGGAAAAUGUUCCACAACAUAAAACUCAAAGUCAUACUCAAGAAUAUGUGACUUAUGUGCCGGAACCAACGUACCAGCAACAAGCCCAAAUUGUAGAAAAACCAGAACCGCAAAUAGCGGGCACUACAUAUGCCGAAGUUUUAUUCGGCUUAAGACAUGGCCAACAACAUUUCCAGCCAUCCAGCCAACAACAGGUCCAUGUUAAAGUUAUGAAAACACCACCACAACAAAUUAGAAAACAACCAACAUCAUCAAACAAUCAGACAAACCAACCAGAAACGAUUACGACAACAUUUACAACGACAACGACGACAAUGACGACGAACAAACAACAUAAAACUAAACAACAACAGCAGCAACAACAACAAAGAUUCAAGUCUCCUGCUGACACUUUACACAGAGGAGACGAGCAUCGCCAAAAGACGCAAGUGCGUCACACCGAGAAAUUUAUGAAAGAAAUGAACACUGGCUAUUCAAAUGUUUAUGGAGAGACCAUGGUGGUGGAGUCUAAGUCACAAAAGACAUCCCCUACUGCCAUGGAAACAUUUGAAAAGCCUGAGGAAGUACAUAAACCAAAAGCCAAGAAACCCAAAAAAUCCCGAGAAGAAACCGGCAAACCAGUCUCAUUGCAAGACUUUUUAAAUAACGAAAAACAACACUUGACCGAAACACACUCAAAAUCUGUUGAAACCCAACAUAAAACCAACAGUGAAAUCAAAAAAGACAAAAAGGAACCAAACAAGAAAAAGGUGAAGUUGACCAAUGAACCCGCAAUUUACAAACAUGAAUCCCAAACUACGUUGGCAGCCAAAGAGCAGCCAAAACAAGAACCAGCCGCAAAAGACAACAAUUCAAAGUCUUUGGCUGACGUUGUUAAAGGAGAAAUUUCCAAUUUUGUUGGAAAAUUGCUACCCUCAAAGAAGAGCAAAAAAGAUAAUGCCAAGCAAGAUCAAGUUGAGGAAAUAGCCCCAGCUCCUACUGUAGAGGUUGUUGAAACUAAAACAUUGAAAAACAAAAAAGAGAAAAUUACAAAAGAACAAGUAUCUCAAGUUUCCACUGUAGAGGUAGCUGAAACUAAAACUGUGAAAGAGAAGAAAGAGAAACAGACGAAAGAGCAAGUCUCUCAUGUAACUACUCUAGAGGUGACAGAAACUAAACCUGUAAAAGACAAAAAAGAUAAAACCAAGAAAGAACAAGUAGAGCCAAUAGCUCCUGUAGAGGUUGCACAAACUAAACCUGUUACUGACAAAAAGGAUAAAAACAAGAAUGAGCAAGUGCCUAAAGCUACUCCUGUAGAGGUUACACAAACUAAAACGGUUAAAGACAAAAAAGAUAAGAAUAAGAAAGAGCAAGUACCUCAAGAUAUUCCCGUAGAGGUUGCUGAAACUAAACCAGUUAAAGAUAAAAAAGAGCAAGUAUCUCAAGCUACUACUGUACAGGUCUCGGAAACUAAACUUGCCAAACACAGCGAAGUUCAAACUGUACACGAAAGUGUUGUCCAGACUAAUAAUAUUACUUUGAAAAACUCUACAACUCAGUUUAUAGAAGGCGAAAAAUCAAAUAUUCACCAAUCCAAUCCCAAGGAUAAGAAAACUAAAAAGGCUCAAGACACAGACAAAACCAAGCCUGAGGAAACCCAACAACCAAAGAGUAAAUCAAAGAAAAAAUCCCAAGAAAAAACUAAACCUGUUGAGGAAUCCGCUACUGAAACUACUGUGAAGGUUGUGGAAGAACCACAAGUAACUGAAACGACUGUAAAGGUUGUGGAAGAACCACAAGUAACUGAAAUGCUAACAGAACCUAGUAGCACUACUAAGGUAUCAAAAACUAGUGAAGUUACCGAAUCUGGAGCUAUACUGACUACAACAACGGUUACUAAACACAUUAAAAAGAGAAUCGUUAAAAUAAUUGUCGACGGCAAGGAACAGAUUAUAGAAGAAGAAGUUGUCGAUGAUGCACCACAAGAAAAUGUUACCGUAGAAAAGAUUAAUCUGCCUGAAAGUGGUGACUUUGCCGGUACAAGUGUAACAAGCACCGUUUUGAAAUCCGGCGGUACAGUAACCAAAACCGUUAUAACAAAAACCAAGCGUUUGAUAAAACGUAUUUUAGAAAACGGUGAAGAAGUAGUUGAGGAAGUAAUGGAAGAUGAACCUCACUUUGAACAACAUGUUACUGAGUUGCCAACUACUACGGAAACUUUUGUGCAAACAGUAUUGGAAGAUAAACCUACUGCAGAAUACCCAAUCGAAGAAGUGUCCAAAUCAGACGAAUCUGUAAAAAUGACUGUAGAACCGGAAAAAGUAACUGAGGUCACUCAAGAACCUAAAGAGCAAGUAUCUAGUAGCCCCAAAAAGGGUAAAGCUAAAAAACAAGUUAAAAUUGUAGAACCAACAGAAGUUAUUGAACAAGUUUCCACUUCCAAAAAGAGCGAAUCCAAGAAAGAAGUAUCCCAAACAACUUCUGAAACUCAAUUGACUUCGCAAGUAACUGAAACUUCUGAAACAAAAGAAACCCCUGAAAGAGUCGAAGAAACAAUACAAAUCUCUCAGGAAAAUAUUCCUGAAUCGUCUCUUGUUUCACAAAGCCAAACUGAAGAGUACAGCCAACGUGUUCAAACGACUGCUAAAUCAUUCACCCAGAUUGUACAAGGUGGUAGUGUUACAAAAACCGUUACAACAACCACUAAACGUUUUGUAAAGAGGGUUAACGAAAAAGGUGAAGAAAUCACUGAAGAAGUAUUUGAAGAAGAACCACAAGCAACACAAGAAUCUACAGAGGAAAUCAUAGAAAAUAUAAGCCAACCUUCGGAAAUGGCUACUAUUGAAACUGAAAGUCAACCCAAAAAGUUGGUAGCCCAAAAAUCUGUGGAGGAAAUCAUUGAAAAUAUAAGACAACCUUCGGAAAUGGAUACUAUUGAAACUGAAAGCCAAACCAAACAGCCAGAACACAUCAAGGAAAGUCAAAAGGAACCUGAAACAACACAACAAAGUUCUGAAACAGUUGAACAAUUUACUGAGAAACCCCAGGAAGAAGUAGUUAAAACUAUAACUAGUUCAAUCCUUGAACAACCUACAGAUACUGCAUUUACCCAAAUAGUUCAAGGUGGUACAAUUACAAAAACCUUUACCACAAUUACUAAACGCAUUGUAAAGAGAAUUAAUGAAAAUGGCGAAGAGAUCAUUGAAGAGGUAUUCGACGAAGAGCCAAAGGUUACCCAAAUGACUGCAGAACUACCUACUACUGUUAAAAUGUCUGAGAAUAUUGCCACAAAUGACUUGACUUCAACCACUACAUCCCAAGUAACAAGUGGAGGUGUUAUAACACGCACUUUAACCACCAUCACCAAACGUAUAGUGAAACGUAUUAACGAGAAGGGAGAAGAAAUUAUUGAAGAAAUCUAUGAUGAAGAACCCGUUGUUACACAAGAAAUCUCUAAACUUCCUACAAAAGUAGAGACAUUUGUAAUGGCUUCACCUGCCGUAGAAACUCAUGUAGUUGAUAAUACCAAAACACUUUCGGAAACGGGUAGCACAGCUCAAGUAAUUGAAGGUGGUACUCUUACCCGUACUUUGACUACAAUAACCAAGCGAAUUAUUAAACGUAUUAACUCGAAUGGUGAAGAAAUCACAGAAGAAGUUUACGACGAAGAACCUGUGGUCACUCAAGAAAUUUCCGAACUUCCAGUUACCACCAAAACUGUUACAGUUCCAACAAGCGAUACAGUUUCCAUACUUCCCACAGCGACAAGUAUAACGUCUUCACAUGUUAUACACGGUGGCAGAAUUACAAAAACAUUGACUACUACCACAAAACGCAUAAUCACUAGAAUUAAUGAACAUGGUGAAGAGGUUACAGAAGAGGUAAUCGACGAAGAACCCGUAGUUACACAAGAAGUUACUGAGCUACCAAUCACCUCAGAAAUUGCCUCAUUAGCAAUGCCACCAACUGAACAGAAUAUUGUGGAAGCUAAAAAGAUUAAUGAUGAAAUUCCUAAACCUUUCCUUGCUCCAUUGCAGCCAUUUGAUGAAAGUAUUGUGCUAAAACAAACCGAACCUAUAAUCACUGUUGAACAAAAGACUCCAGAAGUACAAGAGCCUUUGGAAGUUUCAGAAACUAAAACACAGGAAUCUGCAACAACAUCCCAAGAAGAACACGAAGGUGGGGUUAUUAAAACUACCACUAUACGUACCACCAAAAUGAUUAAGAAAAUCAAGACAGAUGAAUCUGAAACCACUGAAACUGAUUCCACAUCAAAAUUGUUAACGGAAGUUGUUGAGGAUGAGCCCAAGUUUGAACAGAAAACUCAGGAAGUGGAAAAACCACAGACUGAAGUAAAUAAGAUAACUGAAACUAAAACAGAAGUUCCAACGGAAUCAGCUGACGAGCCCGAUAAUAAUGGUGAGGUCAUCAAAAAGACCAUUGUACGCACUACCAAAAUUGUCAAAAAGAUUUCACAAAAUACUGAACAAGAAAGUGUUUCUUCCCAAGAAGAACCCACUCAACAACAAUACGAAAUUGAGCCUAAGCAAAAGGUAGAUGAACCUGAAUCUAAUGAAGAGCCCUCUGAUUCGGUAUGUGUUGAUAAGGAGUCUGGUGGAGUGGUCAAAACCACUACUAUUCGCACCACGAAAAUCGUAAAACGUAAACCACAAGAUGAUCAAGUUUCAGAAGAAACUUCUUCUGAAACCCAAGAAGAACCUGAACAGAAACUAACAAUUGUUGAAGAGCCAAGCGAAGUGGUUAGUGUAACUAACCAAAUGGAUGGUGCAAUUAUUAAAACGACUACCAUACGCACCAUGCGCAUCAUAAAGAAAAUCUCUCAAGAUGGUCGUAUUCUUUUAGAAGAGAGCGAUGCACCCGAUGAUGUCAUAGUUAAGAGUUCAAUUGAAAUGCCUGAUCAGACACCCUCCCCCUCGAUUACAAGAAGUAGCAGUAGUACUAGUGUACCAAUUUUAGAUUCCCCUAAACCCCAAGAAUUUGUUUUGUCAGGUCUAGAUAAUAUUUCAUCUACUGUAGAAACUCCGUCCUCGCCCUCGGGCAUUAAAGUACUCGAAACAGUACCUGUCACAGUCUCACAAAAUACACAAAAUACCCUUGAUAUGUCAUCAUCGACCACUACUACCACUACCACAACUACAUCGAAAUUGUCUAAACUUACAAUGGCCAAUAAAUAUAGCUUUGAAUCUGACGAUGGUAAGAAUGUAGUAUAUGUAGGCGACGAUUUGGGUGGUAAAUAUCCACCUGGAUCGGUUCAAAAGAUUUCCCUUAUAACACAUGAGGAAAAACUUAAGAAUCCAAUUGUUAAAAUGCAUUUAGAUUUCCCAGAAGUUAGUCUUAAGGUUACCGAAACUGUUACUGAUAACUACGAACAUUCACAAAAAGAUUUAGAACAUCGCGAAUCUGAAGAGAAACUUAUCACGUUGACUAAGGAUGAAACUCCAGAAGUAAAACAAGUUAGUUUAGCUGUUGAACCCCAACUCGUAGAAGAUACUAAUGUUGUAGUAGAGGAGAAACACAAUUUGGUUAGUGAAGUUUUACAAGAAAUUGAAACCGUUAGUGAAAUUAGUGAGAAACAUCUAGAAGAGACAGUUGAAAAUGUAGAACAAAUCUCUAGCGUUGUAGAGCAAACAAUUGUUGAAAAUGUUGAGGAAACCAAGAAAAAUAUUGUAGAAGAAGAAAAGGUUGUAGAACAAAUUAAGGAGGAAAUCGCAAUGACUCCUGAAGAGGAAAAUCUCUUCAAAGAAAUUCAAAGAAAAUUAGCUAAGAAAGAUAAGAAAAAGCGACCUGCUUUACCCGAAGAAUUCCUUAUGGCUGAGUCAGCUAAGGAAUCUUCAACCCUUGAGCAGAAGUCAGAUUUAGUUAAAAUUGAAGUGGUUAAUGAACAAACUACUACUACUACUAUACCCCAAAACCAAGAAGAAGAGCAACAUGUUACACUUCUUUCUAGUACUAAUGAUAUUGUUGUUGUUCCUAAAGACGAGUCUACUCUCGAUAAAUGUAUUACCAUGGUAAGCACCAUAGAUACUGCUAAACAGCUUGCAACUAACCUCAACAGCAUUAGUCCGUCCGCUUUAUGUUAUGAAAUUCCUAAAUACUAUUUGCCUCAAAUGCUCCUCGCUGAACGCAGUUAUCACACACUAAUCAAACAAGGUAAUGAGCAAUUUACAAACGAACAAACACCCACAACGUCCACAAUCACCGAACAAGUAGCAGCAGUAGAGAAGCCUUAUAAGGCACCUCUACAACCAUUCCCUGAAGAUGACACGGAGGUCAACGACAAUAGAGAGCUGUCCAAUACAACAACUGUCAUCACAACUACUACUACCACUACAACAACUACUAGCAGUGACGUAACUACUAGUACCAACGAAUUGUCUACGCAAAACAAUUACUACUACUUCGAAGUACCCAAAUACAACAUUGGUCUCAUGAAAGAAGCCGAAAAGACAUUGAUUCUGACUAGGAAAUCUGAUGAUGAGACCAACAUUGAAGAAAUCCCUGCCGAUACAACUACAGAGGAUGUAACCGAAACUACAGAAACUGUUGAUACAACAACUUCGACAACAUCGAUUGAACGUGAAAAUAUUACAGAAAUGUUAACAACUACUACAGAAACUAUUAGCAAGGAUACAUCGGUUGUGACUGAAGAAGCAUCGACAGAAGAGGAUGUUGUUAAACACUUUGAAGUACCCAAAUAUGAUUUGAAAUCCUUUAACAAGGCUGAAUCACAAAUGGUACUCACAGAGAAUCCUGAACCUAUAGUAGAAGAAACUGAAACUGAAGUUAUUGAAGUACCCGAAAAACUCACACCAACCGAAGAAAAGAAAUCUGAAGAUAUUAUUGAAGUGCCUGAAAAACCAUAUUCAGCACCUUUACAACCCAUGGAAGAAGUUAAACCAACUCAAAUCUUACCUUCAGAACCUGAAACUGAAAACGAAUCUGUUGAAAGUAUUUGUCACUUUGAAGUGCCUAAAUAUAAUUUGAAAUCCUUCAAUACGGCCGAAACCCAAAUGGUACUCACUAAGAUUCUGGUAACUGAAACUGAAAUCAAAUCUGAUGAUGUUAUUGAAGUUUCAGAAAAAACAGUUUCAGCUCCUGUACAACCCACUGAAGAAAAGAAACCAAUUCAAACUUCACCUGUUGAACCUUCAACUGAAAUGAAAUCUGAGGAAGUUAUUUGUCACUUUGAAGUACCCAAAUACGAUACGAAAUCCUUUAAUAAGGCCGAAUCGCAAAUGGUACUCACUCUGAAUACUGAAACAAGCAUAAGUGAAACUGAAAUGGAAUCAGUCAAAUCUGUAACUGAAGUAACAGAAAAACCAUCUGCUGUACAACCAACUGAAGUAACUGAAAUCGUAACUGACAAAGUUGUUAUUGAAGAACCAGAAAAACCAUUUUCAGCACCUUUACAACACAUUUCGGAAGAUGAACCAUUACCAGUCGAAGAAUUGUCUGAAGAUAAAACUGAAACUGUAACAAUUCAGACAACAACUGAAGAAAAGGUAAUUGAAGUAGUAUCCACAGAUGUUAAAGAAACGCCCAAAGAAGAAAGUACUGAACCUCAAAGAGUUCCCGAUGUUAAGCCAAGCAAACCUGAAGAAAAGCCAGUGGAAAUUAAGGAAACACCCAAACCUGCUUAUGCUGGUCUUCCAAUAGAUGAUUCCACGAAUGCAUGGAUGGAUGUAAUCGAUGAACCCAUGGUAUUCUCCGAUGAUGAAGAUGAGACUAGUGAAUCACAAACAACUACUGUGGUUAAAACAACUGAAACAGUCAUUGUCGAAGAAACUGCUAAACCUGAAACUGUUGCUGAUGUUAAACCAAACAAACCUGAAGAAAAGCCAGUGGAAAUUAAGGAAAAAACUAUUGAGGUUAAAACAACUGAAACAGUCAUUGUCGAAGAAACUGCUAAACCUGAAACAGUUGCUGAUGUUAAACCAAGCAAACCUGAAGAAAAGCCAGUGGAAAUUAAGGAAACUCCUAAACCAGCUUAUGCCGGUCUUCCAAUAGAUGAUUCCACGAAUGCAUGGAUGGAUGUAAUCGAUGAACCCAUGGUAUUCUCGGAUGAUGAAGAUGAGAUUACUGAAUCACAAACAACUACUGAGGUUAAAACAACUGAAACAGUCGUUGUCCAAGAAACUGCUAAACCUGAAACUGUUGCUGAUGUUAAACCAAGCAAACCUAAAGAAAAGCCAGUUGAAAUUAAGGAAAAAACUAUUGAGGUUAAAACAACUGAAACAGUCGUUGUUCAAGAAAGUGCUGAACCUGAAACAGUUCUUGAUGUUAAACCAAGCAAACCUGAAGAAAAGCCAGUGGAAAUUAAGGAAACUCCUAAACCAGCUUAUGCCGGUCUUCCAAUAGAUGAUUCCACGAAUGCUUGGAUGGAUGUUAUCGAUGAGCCCAUGGUAUUCUCUGAUGAUGAAGAUGAGAUUACUGAAUCACAAACAACUACUGUGGUUAAAACAACUGAAACAGUCAUUGUCGAAGAAACUACUAAACCUGAAACAGUUGCUGAUGUUAAACCAAGCAAACCUCAAGAAAAGCCAGUGGAAAAGACUACUGAGGUUAAAACAACUGAAACUGUUGUUGUCCAAGAAACUGCAGAACCUGAAACAGUUGCUGAUGUUAAACCAAGCAAAGCUGAAGAAAAGCCAGUGGAAAUUAAGGAAACUCCUAAACCAGCUUACGCCGGUCUUCCAUUAGAUGAUUCUUCCAAUGCUUGGAUGGAUGUAAUCGAUGAGCCCAUGGUAUUCUCUGAUGAUGAAGAUGAGAUUACUGAAUCACAAACAACUACUGUGGUUAAAACAACUGAAACAGUCAUUGUCGAAGAAGCUGCUAAACCUGAAACAGUUGCUGAUGUUAAACCAAGCAAGCCAGUGGAAAUUAAGGAAAAAACUAUUGAGAUUAAUACUACUGAAACAGUUGUUCAAGAAAGUGCUGAACCUGAAACAGUAGCUGAUGUUAAACCAAGCAAACCUGAAGAAAAGCCAAUGGAAAUUAAGGAAACUCCUAAACCAGCUUAUGCCGGUCUUCCAAUAGAUGAUUCCACGAAUGCUUGGAUGGACGUUAUCGAUGAGCCAAUGGUAUUCUCUGAUGAUGAAGAUGAGAUUACUGAAUCUGAAAAAACUACUGAUGUUAAUACAACUGAAACCGUCAUUACCCAAGAAAGUGAAAUUACUGAAGAGAAACAUGAAGUUGCAACAACAAUUGUUAAAGAAGAUGUAAAUCAAAUUGUUGAAGAUAUAACAAUUGCAGUAACUGAGAAACCAGUCGAAUUAGAAUCUGAAAAUAACAAGCCGUUCAAUGCUCCUCUUGAGCCAUUUAAGGCCACAGAAACCAUUAAUUCUCAACCUGAAGAACUUAAAGAGCUUGAUGUUACUAAACCAACUGAAUAUGUUGAACAACCGGUGGAAAUUGUUGAUGAGCCAUUACCAACAACUACGAAAGAAGACGAAGUUUCCUCAACAGAAGUGGAAACCGUAGUUGAAACUACAAUAUCGACAGAAUUAAUCAAAACUAUUGAAUCCGAGGAACCCAAACCAAAGGAAGAAACAUCUGAAAAAGAACCGGACCCAGUUACAACUCAAGCAGAAGAUGAACUUGUUGAAGAUACCAGUGCCUAUACUAAAAACGAGUGGAGUGAUAUACCUGAGCCUAAAGAAACAAUUCAGCCAGUAUUUGUUAAUCAAACGCAAUGGACUGAUACUCCCGAUGAGCCAAUUGACCAUCAACAGGACGAAAAGACUAUCAUUGAUACCUGGUCUAGUGUGUUGGAAGACAAUACACCUAGUAUUCCUACUAUUGCUCUAACAUCGAAGCUGUCACCAAACGCACCCGAGUUUACUCCUUCAUACUUGCGUCAUGCCUUCUCUGAUCAAACACACACGUUCUUGGCAAAUGAAAGAAUCUACAACGAAUUCAUUCCUAGAAAUAAGCAGCCCACUAAACCAAGAAGACAAGAAAAACCACAACACUCUGCAAAACCAAAGAAACAUUCUAAAUCGCCUAAACAUCAUCAAGAAAAGGUUCCCAAGCCAGAAAAGGUCGAGAAAUUCUCAGAUGUUUUCGAAACAGUACAACAUAAAACAACCGAAGUUUAUGAACCUGAACCUAAACCUGUAUUUGAAGAGACUAAUGUUUGGCAAUCAAUACCACAUGGUAAAACUUAUGCCGAUAUAUUAUUAGGUGAAAAUGGACAACCUCUUGAGGGAGCUCCUGCUUUAGUAGCUACGAAAGUGGUUAAAACUGAAGAAGUUCUGACUCAAGAAAGAAAAGAAAGUGGCGACAAAAAGGCACCUAAAGAUCAAGAGCCUCAAAUUGUUGAAGCUGUUGAAGUGAAGACCAAAAAACCCAAGAAAGAAAAAACCAAAAAGGAUAAAAAACAAACACAAACUCCUGUUAAACAGGAUGAAGUUGUUAAAGACAAUAAAUCUUCUGUUAAGGAAUCGGAAACAGUCGUUGAAGUAACAGAAACCAAGCAGCAACAUACUGAAAAGAAAGAAACUACAACCGAUUCAAAAUCCGAAUUCUCAUGGGCUUCUCUUGUACAAAAACCAGGUGAAUGGGUAGACAAUACUUUAUUGAAGAAACAUAAACCUGAACCAGUUGAAAAGAAAGAAAAAGAAGAACCCAAAGAAACUAAGAAACCAGAACCUAAAAAGACAAAAACAAGGAAACAAGAACGCAAAGAACAUAAGUCUCCAGUGAAAACCACGGUUGAAGAAGAACGUGUAGAAAAGCCCACUACCGAAGUAACUGAAACAGUAGCUGUAAUGCCCGUAGAACAUGUGAAAGAAACCGAACAAACCACUGAAGUUAGUACUUCAUCUUGGGCUUCACUUGUGAAGCGGCCAGGCGAAUGGGUUGAUAGUGUCAUAACUAAGACAAAGAAACCCGAGGUGAAACCAGCUGAAAAGACUGAAACCAAAAAACAACCUAAAGAUAAAAAAUCAGUUAAACCCGAAACAAAAUUAACUUCCUCUGACUCAGAUGAAAGCGUUAAAUCAUCCAAAAAGCACAAAAAGGAUACCAAGCCCAAAUCGGAAUUCAAAGAAGUAAGUCCUGCUAAAAAACCUGUUGAUGAUGUGGUCGUUGAAGAACCUAAGCCACAAAUUCCAGAAGUAGAAAAGAAGCCCACAGCAAGUAAGCCUAAAGUAGAAACUACUGCAUUCUCAUGGGCUUCUUUGGUGAAGAAACCUGGAGAAUGGAUCGAUGAUAUUAGUCAACGAAAGAAAUCUCCCGUAAGAUCUGCAGAACCAACAACAGUUGUUGAUACAAAGGUAACUGAACCUAAGCAGCCAAAACAAAAGAAGCAGAAGCCACAACGCAAACAUGAUAAACCUCAGCCUGAUGAUAUUGUAAAGGAGCAACCUCAAGAAUACGUUGAAGUUGAGCCAAUUACUAAACAGCAGACAGUUGAGAAAGUGGAUAAAGUUGAGAAAGUUGCUGCAAAGAUUCCAGAAAAGGUGCCAGAAAAGACACAAGAUAGCAACACAUUAACAUGGGCUAAAAUUGCUAGUCAAAUUGAUCACAUGACAGAUGUGGUUAAGCCAAAGCCUGUUAAGGAAAUCAAAACUCCUACUCCUGCUUUAGCCAAGACUCAUGAACUUCCUAAACACAAAAAGGAUAAGCAAGUUCCUGUACAAAUAACGGAAACAGUUGUUAAAAAAGACAAACCUGUACACGAAGUAGUUAAAACUACAUCAUCAUCAUCCUGGGCCAACAUUUUAACUGAAUCAACAACUGACUUCAUUGAAGCUGAGAGAACUAUCAGACAACCUAAACCUCAAUCUCCUAUUGAAACUACAUCUUCAUCUUGGAUCGACAUGAUCGAUGAUGCAGAAGAACCAACAUCAUGGAAGGAAAUGAUUAACGAGGAAGUUGAAAUUGAAUUACCUCAAGAUAUCAACAACUCUUUCAACAUCCAAAAAGUAAUUGAAACAGUAGAAAAAACUCUGCCAGAGUCUAUGGAGGAACUGAAAACCAAACCUCAGGUUACUUCGGAGACUCACGCAGAGAAACCGUUCUCUGCGCCUCUCGAACCCUUAAAAUCGUCUUUGGAAAUCGAACCAUCUACACAUGAUAUUGACUCUGAAAGUAAUACAACAGUACAAUCAACGACAGUUGAAACAGUUACAAUAACUGAGUCAAUUAAGAUAAUGGAACAACCAGAACAUACUGAAGAGACAAUGGAAGAACCCAAAAAAUCGAAUGAAGAACCAACCAAAACUGAGGAGAAUGUUCCUGAAGAACCAGCCAAACCUGAAGAAUUGAAACAAAAAAAAAUUGCCGAUGAACCAAAGAAAAUUGCCUACGCUGGUCUUCCUAUUGAUGAAUCUUCUAACGCCUGGAUGAAUGUCAUUGAUGAACCAAUGGUAUUUUCAGAUGAAGAAGAAGAGGUGCAAACCACAACUACAUUGGUCGAAACCGUGACAACAAUCGAUGAAAAGACUACUUCCAUAACAGAACAAGCCAAAGAAGAUCCAUUAGUUUGUGAACAAAAAGAAACAGUUGCUGAGGAGCCUAAAAAGUCAGCUUAUGCUGGUUUGCCCAUAGACGAGUCUUCGACUGCAUGGAUGAACGUCAUCGAUGAACCUAUUGUAUUUUCUGAUGAUGAAGAAGAAGUUGAAGUUAAUAAACAAUUUACUUCACCUUUAGAGCCUAUGAAAGAUACAGUAACUGUCCCUGAGGAAAAACCAAUUAGCACAACAGUAGCUGAACCAAAGGAGGCCACAUCUGAAAAACCAGCAACACCCGUUGAAGAAGUGAAACUUCCGGAAGAAGUUCCUGCCGAACCAAAGAAACCUGCCUACGCUGGUCUUCCUAUUGAUGAAUCUUCUAAUGCCUGGAUGAAUGUCAUUGAUGAACCAAUGGUAUUUUCAGAUGAUGAAGAAGAAGUACAAACCACAACUACAGUGAUCGAAACCGUAACAACAACUUCCAUAACAGAACAACCAAAAGAAGAACCAUUAGUUUGUGAGAAGAAAGAAACAAUUGCUGAAGAGCCUAAAAAAUCAGCUUAUGCUGGUUUGCCCAUAGACGAGUCUUCGACUGCAUGGAUGAACGUCAUCGAUGAACCUAUUGUAUUUUCUGAUGAUGAAGAAGAUGAAGUUGAUAAACAAUUUACUUCACCUUUGGAGCCUAUGAAAGAUACAGUAACUGUCCCUGAGGAAAAACCAAUUAGCACAACAGUAGCUGUACCAAAGGAAGCCACAUCUGAAAAACCAGCAACACCAGUUGAACAAGUAAAACUUCCAGAAGAAAUUCCUGCAGAACCAAAGAAACCUGCCUACGCUGGUCUUCCAAUUGAUGAAUCUUCUAAUGCCUGGAUGAGUGUCAUUGAUGAACCAAUGGUAUUUUCAGAUGAAGAAGAGGUGGACACUAAAGUUGCUAUUGUAGAAACUAUUACAACAACUGAAGAAAAGACAACACCUGAAAAAUCAGCUAAACUUGAAGAAGUAAAACUCCAAGAAAAAAUCGUUGAAGAACCAAAGAAACCAGCUUAUGCUGGUCUUCCUAUUGAUGAAUCUUCGAAUGCCUGGAUGAAUGUUAUUGAUGAACCAAUCGUAUUUUCUGAUGAAGAGGAGGAGGUACAAACUCAAGUUACGAUAGUCGAAACUAUAACAACUACCGACGAAAAGACUGAUAAACCAUUUACUUCAGCUUUAGAGCCAUUAGCUCCUACAAAAGAUACUGUGCCAGAAGAAAAACCAACUGUCGCACCAGUAGAUGAAGCUAAAGAAGCAACAUCUGAAAAACCACAAGUAGAAGAUGUAAAACUCCCUACAGAAAUUGCAAUUGAACCUAAGAAACCUGCUUACGCUGGUCUUCCAAUUGAUGAAACUUCUAAUGCCUGGAUGAGCGUCAUUGAUGAACCAAUGGUGUUUUCCGAUGAAGAGGGGGAGAUCCAAACUACAGUUACCACGGUAGAAACUAUAACAACAACCGAAGAAAAAACUACUUCCAUAUCAGAACAACCCAAAGAGGAACCAGUAAAAUCUGAAGAAAAGCAACCACUCAGUGCACCUAUUGCUGAGGAACCUAAAAAACCAGCUUAUGCAGGUCUGCCCAUUGACGAGUCCUCAAAUACUUGGAUGAAUGUCAUCGAUGAACCAAUUGUAUUUUCCGAUGACGAAGAGGAAGUUGAAAUGAAAACUACAAUUGAUGAUAAGCCAUUUACUUCACCUUUGGAACCAUUAACUGAUAAACCUUCAAUAGUAGAAGAACCAAAACCAAGUGUUGAAAAGACACCUGAAAGUACAGAAAAGUCACCACAACCUGAAGAAGUCAAAUUCAUUCCUGAACAACCAAAGAAGCCAGCCUAUGCUGGUCUUCCUAUUGAUGAUACUUCGGAUGCCUGGAUGAAUGUCAUGGAUGAACCUAUGGUAUUUUCUGAUGAAGAGGAAGAGGUGCAAACUGAAAUCACGGUAGUAGAAACCAUAACAACAAUCGAUGAAAAUACUACUUGCAUCACAGAACAAUCCAAGAUUGAAAAACCAAUAGAGGAAAUAGAACCAAAACUCAAUGCACAAGUUGCUGAGGAACCUAAAAAAUCAGCUUAUGCUGGUCUGCCCAUUGACGAAUCUUCCAAUGCUUGGAUGGCUGUAAUCGAUGAACCUAUUGUAUUUUCAGAUGAAGAAGAAGAUGUAAAAGAUCAAGUUACAACGGCUGAUAAACCAUUUACUUCAACUUUAGAACCAAUUGCCAAUGUCGUUGAUGAACCAAAACUUGAAGAACCUCAACAAACUGAACAAGUAAAACUCACUGAAGUAAUUGCUGAUGAACCAAAGAAAACAGCUUAUGCUGGUCUUCCUAUUGAUGAAACUUCCAAUGCUUGGAUGAAUGUCAUUGACGAACCAAUGGUAUUUUCCGAUGAAGAGGAAGAUGUGCAAACAACAACUACUACCGUAGAAACUAUUACAACAACUGAUGAAGAGACAACAAUUGUAACAGAACACACUAAACAACUGAUUGAAGAACCAAAGAAACCUGCCUACGCUGGUCUUCCUAUUGAUGAAUCUUCUAAUGCUUGGAUGAAUGUCAUUGAUGAACCAAUGGUAUUUUCCGAUGAAGAGGAAGAUGUGCAAACAACAACUACUACCGUAGAAACUAUUACAACAACUGAUGAAAAGACUACUGGUACAACAGAACAACCCAAAGAAGAAUCCGUGAAAUCUGAAGAAAAACCAAAUCUCAAUGAACCAUUCACUUCACCAUUGGAACCUUUAAGUAACGAUAAGUUUGUAGAUGAACCAGAAAAAUCAGCUCAAUCCGGUGAAGUUAAACUCCAAGAAGUAAUUCCUGAGGCACCAAAGAAACCUGCAUAUGCUGGUCUGCCUAUUGAUGAGUCGUCCAAUGCCUGGAUGAACGUCAUUGAUGAACCAAUGGUAUUUUCGGAUGAAGAGGAAGAAGUACAAACAAAAUCUACUGUUGAAACAAUUACAACCCUCGAAGAAAAGACAACCGUCAUUAGCGAAAAAUCCAUACCAAUUGCUGAGGAACCUAAGAAACCCGCUUAUGCUGGUCUUCCUAUAGAUGAAACAUCGAAUGCCUGGAUGAAUGUUGUCGAUGAACCUAUUGAAUUUUGCGAUGAUGAAGAACAGAAGCCAACUGAAGCUGCCAUUGUUGAAAAACCAUUUACUGCUCCUUUGGAACCAAUUGAUACGGUAACAUCUGUUAAAGACAAAAAAACAACAUCGCAGGAUUCUCAAAAAUCCAGCAAAAUUGUAUUAGAAAGUACUGAAAGUGUCACUACGGAUACUGUUAACAGUACAACUACACAAUCUUGGGCAUCAAUUGUAUUGCAAAACAAUGAAACUAAAGAAGUAACACAAGUUAUUAAAAACGAUAAGCCAACUAAAAAGACAACUAAACCAGACGUUGUUAAACCAGUAGAGAAAGUAGAAUUUGUAGAACAUGUCGAAAAACCUGUUGUCCGUGAUGAAGAACCAGUAGCAAUUACUUCGGCCUUUGACUUGCCUGUACUGGAUAUUUCUUGGAAAGAAGAGGAUAAUGUUAGCAACGUUAUUGAACCAACUGAAUCUACCUCUUUACCAACAGAAAUAUCAGCAUUAUCUUUUACAUCUUAUGCAGAUAUUCUUAAACACACUUCCCAGUUUAUUGAUUUAGAAAAGCAAAAUACACAUAAAAAUCCAGAAUCCAUGGAUACAGAAUUAGAUAAAUCUGUUAAAAAGGAAGAAUUGUCACAUAAGGUUGAAAAAUCCAAAAAAGAAAAACCUAAGAAGAAGGAUAAGAAGAAGGAUGAUAAGCACAAGAAGAAGGUAGAGUUUGUUGAAGAGCUGGAACCCACUACACAUGAGAUUGUGGAUAAUACAGUUUCGGAAACUCUUACAACCGUUGAGGAUACUCAUAAAAUCGAGACUAGUACAGUUGUUACCGAAAUUCCUGCUUCAACAACAGUUACCAUGUCCUGGUCCUCCAUAGUUCAGCAACCUGCCGCUCCUAUUGAUCAGCCAAAGGAACAUGAUGACAUUUCUGAGCAAACUGUUGCUGUUCCAGCAGCUCCCGUAGAAAAGGAACUUGUUGAGCCUAAAAAGAAGAAGACUAAGAAAGAGAAAAAAGAAAAGCCAAAACAAGUUCACCAAAAGGCUAUACCCGAAAAGGAGAUUGUAGUUGAAGAAGAAAUUGUAGUAACACCAACUGAACCUGAGAUUUCCCAUAAAUCUGAAGAAUAUACAACUUCUGCUACAACAGUAACUUCGGUAACAACAUCAACAGUAUCUUGGUCUUCUAUUCUACAACAAGCUCCUGAACCAGUUCCUGAGGAACCGAAAUCAAAACCUAUUGUUGCACCUACUGAAACCAAAAAGGAUAAGAAACAACCCAACAAAGAAAAAGAAAAGCAACAUAAACAAAUUUCGCCAAAGAAGACGCCUGAGCCCUUGAAUAUUGUCGAGAUUGAGCCUAAAGUUGAGGAAACGGUAGUAGAAACUAAAGUGUCUAAACCCACAACCCCUGAACUUCCUUCGACAACAAUUGUAUCCCAAACAGAUACAGUUACAACAAUGUCUUGGUCAUCUAUUCUACAACAAGCUUCGGAGCCAGUAGUUGAGGAAAUUCCUACACCCACUGAAAGCACUAAUACUAAACCGAAGAAAGAGAAAAAGCCAAAGAAACAAAAUGUGCCACAUAAACCUGAAAUUAAAGAACUCAUCAAAGUUGAAACUAAAGAACCCGUAAAGGUUGUUCCAGAACCCGAACCUGAACCUGUUAAAAUUGUUGAAGAAAUUUCUACAAUUAAUACUACUACACAGAACAUUGAGCAUUCCUUUGGAAAUAGUACAACAAUGUCUUGGUCUGCGAUACUGCAACAAGCUGUCGAACCAACACCCGAAGAUUUGCGUAAACCAGAGGUUUUGGAUGAAGUUAAGACUCCUGAUGCUGAAAAGCCUCAUGUAGAACAUAAGAAUGAUAAAAAGCAAAAUAAGAAGGAAAGGAAACAACAUUCACGCAAACAUGUGACCGAAACUGUUGAGGAACAUAAAACUCAGGUUAACAAGGAAAAUGUAGUGGUACCUCUUGAGCCUGAAAUUGUUGAUACUAUUAAACCAGUUACUGUACAAGCUCCUUUGGAGGAAAAACAUGAUGUACCUAAAUUCACCGGUUUAUCUUGGUCCGCUAUUGUUAGCAAACCUGCUGUUGAUGUUCCCGCGACCUCAGAAACAAAGAAACCUACAACAACUGUUGUUGUUACGGAAACGUCGGAAAGAAAAUUACCCCAGGAAAAACCAAAACGUGAGAAAUCUAAGAAAAAGUUAACUGAAAAACCUGCCAAAACACAACAUGUUAGUAUUGAAUAUGUUGAGCAAGAUGUUAAACACGAUAUAGUCGAUAAGUCUACUGAUCUACAAGAAACGAAGACUGUCGUUGAGACUCCACAACCUAAUGAUGACGUUGUCGAAAAAUCUUGGUCAGCGCUCAUUAGUGACGAUGAAUGGGAAGAAAAUGUGGUAACAACAACGAAGACAAUCGAAACUACCACCAAAUCAUCUCAACUGCCACAAGAAAAACAUGAAUCUAGUUCCGUUAAAUCCUGGUCAGAUAUUUUGAAAGAGAACAAUCAAGCAUUUGUUGACACAACCACCAAGAAAACUUUCGAUGCCAAGAAGAAAACCACUGAUUUCAUUCAACAAGAAAAACAAAUGGAACCACAUCGCAUAGAUAAAAUUAAAAAGGAAAAAUUGGUUACAGAAUUUGUGCCACAACCCAGUGUUGUUUCAGAACCGAAACCUCAUACAGAACAAGACAAACCUACCAAACACAAAAAGGAAAAGAAACAUAAAACACCAAAGAAACCUGAUGUUUUGGUGGAUGAAGAAAAAUUAGUCUUGGUAACUGAUAGUGUUAAGGAUCAAGAGGAAACAUCAAGCACAGUUACUGAAAGUACUAUUGUAACAACCACUACCACAUUUGAAGAAAACAAAUCUUGGGCAGAUAUUCUCAACGAAGAUGAGCCUGAGCCUUUUGAAUCAUUAACAACUUCAGUUGAAGCCGCUAACAAGCCAGACAACCAAGCAUAUAACGCACAUCUAGAACCAUUCAAACCUUUAGAAGAAAGUGUUUUGGAUGUGGUCGAUAAAGCAAUUGUUAAGGAAGAAAUUCCAGUUAUUGUAUCUGAAGAAAAGAUUGAAACAGAAACAACUCUCACUUCUACUGAAGACGUAUUGAGGCAAAAUAAUAUUAUUGUAGAAGAAACAUUCAAUAUUACUAAGGAAAUCAAUGAAACAAGUGAAGAAGAACAAAUAGCUGAACACAUUCCAGAAAUUGUAUCUGUUGAAAGCACCGAACCUAAGGUAGCGGAAGUUAAGCAAUUUACAGUUCCUUUGCAACCUAUUGAACCCAUUGAAGAUGUUGACAUCGAAGAUUUACAACCAGAAUCAAACGUUGAGAAAGAAAGUCCAGCACCAGUACAACUGGAAGAAUCAGAUGUUGAAGUCGCUACUGAAGCAUUUGAAGAAACUGAUAAUUCGGAAGUACUAACACCGGUCGAAACUGUUCAACCUCAAGAACCUACAAAAUCAUGGUCAGAAUUAGUUACAGAAACAACUGAAAACACAGUCAUCGAACAAGUUGUAAAGGAAGUAGAGGAUCAUAAGCCAACAACUCAUGAGGACGUCACUCCUCAAGUUGUCAAUGAAGAGUCUGAUAUGAAGGAAGUAUUACCUGCAACCGAAACAUCACAACCAGAAGAACCUUCAAAAUCGUGGUCUGAAGUUAUUACAGAAACAACUCACAACAUAAUCAACGAACAAGUUGUAGAGGAAGUAGAAGAACAGAAGCUCAAAACGCAAGUGGAAGUUUUACCUCAAGAAACUGACAAAAAGACUGAUGUGAAGGAAGUACUACCUGCUGUCGUAACUCCACAACCGGAAGAACCUACAAAAUCAUGGUCAGAAGUUAUUACAGAAACAACUCAAAACAUAGUCACCGAACAAAUUGUAGAGGAAGUAAAGGAUCAUAAGCCUACACCUGAAAUGGAUGAUGCUCCUCAAAUCUCAGUAGAAGCUACUGAAGUACUUGAAGUACAAAAUGAGAAGCCUAUUGAAGAAUUAAAACCUACUUCAAUUGAAUUAAGUGAAAAUAUCUCUGUAGUUGAAGAAAUUGCUGUCGACAAUCAACCAAUUGUUGCUGUACAAAAUGUUGUUGAAACAAUUAAGGAAGAAAAACCAGAAAUCAUGGAACAAAAUGUGUUAGUUGAACAAACAGAACAUACAAUUAAUACUACAUACAUGAGGUCAUGGUCAGCUGCAGCAGCAGAAGUUGAACAGCAAAUGUAUAGUGGAAAGCAAUACCGUGAAGUUUCGCCAACUAUUCAAGAACAUCAUACAGAACCUGAAGAAGAAAAACAGACAACAGAAAUUGUGCUACAAAACAUUCAGGAAUUGUCGCAAAAGUUAACGGAUGAGAAGCUGCCUGAAAUGGAUAAAGAAACAUUGGAGGUUAAGAUUGAUGUUGUUGCUCCUCAAGAACACGUAAAAGAACCUGAAGAACUAACACAGAAGAUAGAAGUUGUAUCAACUGAAGUAGAGAAACAGACAACAGAGGAUGUAACCUCGACAACAGAAGUUGUAACGUCUACAACAGAAGUCAUAACGUCGACAACAAAUGUUGUUACGUCUACAACAGAAGUAGUAACGUCUACUAUGGUAACUGAUGUCGAGACUAAGGAAGAAGAGAAACCUCAAAAGGAUGAAGAUUCCAAGAUUAUCACUCCCCAAGAACAACCUGAAGAAACAACAGAGACAAGAGACAACCUUCCAUAUUCCGCACCUCUAGAACCAUUCAAACCUAUAGAAGAAAUUGUUUCGAAUGUUGUUGAAGAACCAGUCGAUGUAGUUGAUGACGUUGAAAAACCACAAAAAGAUGUUGUUUCUUCUGAAGAACUUAAAACAGAAGUUGUAACAGUAACUAUUCAAGAAACAUCUUCUACGGUCUCAGAUGACACUCAACUUCAGAAACAGAAGAAAGAAAAGAAACCUAAAAAGGAACAACAACCAUUGGAAGAAAAGAUGGAUGAUGUUCCUCAAGAAGAGCAUAAGAAACCGGAGGAACAAACACAAGCAACAGAAAUUGUAACACAAGACAUCCAGGAAACAACAGUUACCGUCUCAGAUGAUAAUGAAGUUUCCAAAAAGAAGAAGGAAAGGAAGCCUAAAAAGGAAAAACCAGUAGUGGUAGAUAACACUCCUCAAGAACCUGAAGAACAAAAUCAAGCAGCAGAAUCUAAACCGUUUGUUGAUAAUAAACUGCCAUCUGUACAAACAACAACACCACUUACCAUGUCCUGGGCUGCAAUGUUGAAAGAGAACAUAACUUCAGAAGAACUUCCUAAAGUUGACAUUAAACAUAAAACUUCAGAUUUUAUCAAAGGUGAAACAACCCCUGUUGAAACCAGUAAAGAUCAUGUAGUAGUUGAACGUGUCGUGGAGGAAACUCAACAUAUCGACGAAACUACAGUUACCGUAUCAGAUGACCAGCAACUUCACAAAAAGAAGAAGGAGAAGAAACCUAAGAAAGGGAAACAAUCUGAGGAUGAUAAAACUUCCCAAGAACCUGCUGAACCCAAGCCAACAACAGAAGAAGCAGAACCUAAACAGUUUGUUGAUGAUAAAUUGCCAACUGUACCAGUUGCAACAAGUCCUACCAUGUCCUGGGCAGCAAUGUUAAAGGAUAAUUUAACUUCAGAAGAACUUCCUAAAGUUGACAUUAAACAUCAAACUGCCGAUUUUAUCAAGAGUGAAGCUUUAUCAGAAAAGCCAAGUGAGGAAAUACGCGAUAGUGACAACAAGACUGAAAAUAUUUCCCCUGUUGAAUUGCCAGUAGUUGGAACCAGUCAAGACCAUAUUGUUGUUGAGGAAACCCAACAUAUCGAUGAAAUCACAGUUACGGUAUCAGAUGACCAACCACUUGACAAAAAGAAGAAGGAGAAGAAACCUAAAAAAGGAAAACAAUCCGUGGAAGAUAAAACUCCCCAAGAACACCACAAUGAACCUGCUGAACCAAAGCCAACAACAGAAGUGGCAGAACCUAAACAGUUUGUUGAAGAUAAAUUGCCAACUGCACCAGCUACAACCACUUCUACCAUGUCCUGGGCAGCAAUGUUGAAGGAUAAUAUGACUUCAGAAGAACUUCCUAAAGUUGACAUUAAACAUCAAACUUCAGAUUUUAUCAAGGGCGAAGCUUUAUCUGAAAAACCAACUGAGAAAAUACGUGAUUUUGGAAAGAAAACUGAAAAUAUUUCCACUGUUGAAUUGAGUGAAACCCGUCAAGUCCAUGUUGUUGUUGACGAAACUAAACACAUCGAGGAAAUGACAGUUACGGUAUCAGAUGACCACCAACUUCACAAAAAGAAGAAGGAAAAGAAACCUAAAAAGGGAAAUCAAUCCAUUGAAGAACACCAAAAUGAACCUGUUGAACAAACCCCAACAACAGAGGUGGCAGAACCUCAACAUUUUGUUGAUGAUAAAUUGCCAACUGUACCAGCUUCUACAACAUCUACCAUGUCCUGGGCAGCAAUGUUGAAGGAUAAUUUGACUGCAGAAGAACUCCCUAAAGUUGAUAUAACCCCUGUUAAAACCAGUCAAGACCAUGUUGUUGUUGAAAGUGUCGUUGAGGAAACUCAACAGAUCGAUGAAACGACAGUUACGGUAUCAGAUGACCACCAACUUCACAAAAAGAAGAAGGAAAAGAAACUCAAAAAGGGAAAACAAUCCGUGGAAGAUAAAACUCUCCAAGAAUAUCACAAUGAACCUCUUGAACAAAAGCCAACAACACCUGUUGAACAAACCUCAACAACAGAGGUGGCAGAACCUCAACAUUUUGUUGAUGAUAAAAUGCCAACUGUGCCAGCUUCUACAACAUCUACCAUGUCCUGGGCAGCAAUGUUGAAGGAUAAUUUGUCUUCUGAAGAACUUCCUAAAGUUGAUAUUAAAUAUCAAACUGUAGAGACAACUGAAAAUAGUUCCACUGUUGAAACCAUUCAAGACCGUGUUGUUGUUGAAAGUGUCGUUGAGGAAACUCAACAUAUCGAUGAAACGACACUUACGGUAUCAGAUGACCACCAACUUCACAAAAAGAAGAAGGAAAAGAAACCUAAAAAGGGAAAACAAUCCAUAGAAGAUAAAACUCUCCAAGACCAUCAUAAUGAACCUCUUGAACAAAAGCCAACAAAAGAAGUGGCAGAACCUAUACAGGUUGUUGAUGAUAAAUUGCCAACUGUACCAGCUACAACCACUUCUACCAUGUCCUGGGCAUCAAUGUUGAAGGAUAAUAUGGCUUCAGAAGAACUUCCUAAAGUUGAUAUUAAAUAUCAAACUGCCGACUUUAUCAAGGGAGAAGCUGUAUCUGAAAAGCCUAGGGAGGAUAUUCGUGAUAGUGAAGAGAAAACUGAAAAUAUUUCCCCUGUUGAAUUGUCAGUAUCUGAAACCAGUCAAGAACAUGUCGUUACUGAAGAAACUAAACACAUUGAGGAAAUGACAAUUACAGUAUCUGAUGACCACCAAGUUCACAAAAAGAAGAAAGAAAAGAAACCUAAAAAGGGAAAACAACCCGUGGAAGAACAGCAAAAUGAACCUGUAGAACAAAACCCAACAAUAGAAGUGUCAGAGCCUCAGCAGUUUGUUGAUGAUAAAUUGCCAACUGUACCAGCCAACUCUACCAUGUCCUGGGCAGCAAUGUUGAAGGAUAAUUUGACUUCUGAAGAACCUCCUAAAGUUGAUAUUAAAUAUCAAACUGUAGAGACAACUGAAACCAGUCAAGACCAUGUUGUUGUUGAAAGUGUCGUUGAGGAAUCUCAACUGAUCGAUGAAACAACAGUUACGGUAUCAGAUGACCACCAACUUCACAAAAAGAAAAAGGAAAAGAAACCUAAAAAGGGAAAACAAUCCGUGGAAGAUAAAACUCUCCAAGAACAUCAGAAUGAACCUCUUGAACAAAUGCCAACAACAGAAGCGGCAGAACCUAAACAGUUUGUUGAAGAUAAAUUGCCAACUUUACCAGCUACAGCACCAUCUACCAUGUCCUGGGCAGCAAUGUUAAAGGAUAAUUCGACUGCAGAAGAACUUCCUAAAGUUGACAUUAAACACCAAACCGCCGAUUUUAUAAAGGGCGAAGCUUUAUCAGAAAAGCCAAGUGAUGAAAUACGUGAUAUUGAAAAGAAAACUGAAAAUAUUUCCACUUUUGAACUGACUGAAACCAGUCAAGACCAUGUUGUUGUUGAGGAAACUGAACACAUCGAGGAAAUGACAGUUACAGUAUCAGAUGAUCACCAACUUCAGAAAAAGAAGAAGGAAAAGAAACAUAAAAAGGGAAAACAAUCUGUGGAAGAACACCAAUAUGAACCUGUUGAACAAAAGCCAACAACAGACGUAGCAGAACCUAAACAGUUUGUUGAUGAUAAAUUGCCAACAGUACCAGCUACAACAACAUCUACCAUGUCCUGGGCUGUAAUGUUGAAAGAUGAAAAUCCUCAGCCUAUUGAAACUGUAGAAUCUCCAUUCUUGGUAGAGGAAAAACCACAAAUCGCUGAAGAAACUCAACAAAAACAGACAGAAGUUAUAUCACAAAGCAUCGAGGAAAUAGUUACAGUAACAGAUGACAAUGGACUUCCCAAAAACAAGAAGAAGGAUAAGAUGGCUAAGAAGGAAAAACCAGUAGCUAUAGAUAAAAUGAUAGUUACUCCACAAGAAGAGCCAAAAGAACCUGAGGAACAAAUACAAACAACAGAAGCUGUAACACAAAACAUUCAGGAAAUAACAGUUGAGGUAUCGGAAGAGCAAAAACAAACAACAGAAAUUGUCGCUCCACAACCUAAACCAUCUUCACCGACACCUACACAAUUUACUGUGUCCUGGGCUGCAAUGUUAAAGGAGAAUUUGAGUACGGAACAACUUCCUAAAGAUGACAUUAAACAUCAAACUGCUGAUUUCAUAAAAUCUGAAAUGCAAGAACCUCAGAAAAAAGAGAUGAAAUCAAUACCAACUGAAGCUGUAGAACCACAAAAUUCAGAAGACGUAGAAGGCGUUUCCCCUGUUGAAUUGCCUGUAGCUGAAAUCACUCAAGACAAUGUUGUAGUCGAAAGUGUCGUCGAGGAAACUCAACACAUCGAGGAAACAAUUACAGUAUCAGAUGAUAAUCAAAUUACCAAAAAGAAGAAGGAAAAGAAACCGAAAAAGGAAAAGGCCGCCGUUGAAGACAAUGUGAUUGCUACUCCCCAAGAACAGAUAAAGGAACCUGAGGAAGAAAUACAAACGACAGAUGUUGUAACACAAAACAUUCAGGAAAUGACAGUUGAGGUAUCGGAUGACAGUCAACUUCACAAAAAGAAGAAAGACAAGAAACCUAAAAAGGAAAAACCAUCCAUGGAAGACAAGACUCCCCAACAACAACCCGAAGAACCCAAGGAAACAACAGAAGUUGUCGUUGAUGAUACAUUACAAACUACAUCAACUAUAACAACUAUGUCCUGGGCUGCAAUGUUGAAAUCAGAACAACUUCCUAAAGAUGAUAUUAUACAUCAAACAGUAGAUUUAAUCAAAUCUGAAAAACAACAACCACAUAAAGAAGAUGUAAAACCCCAAUUCACUGAAGCUGUAGAACCUCAACAUUUACAACAGGAAGAACCUCAACCAAUGGAAGCUUCUCCAACUGAGGAAGUGGACACUCAAUUGCAAGUAACUGAAGAUCAUGUUAUUGUUGAAAGUGUAGUUGAGGAUGUUCAACAAAUACAAACAACAGAUGUUGUAACGGCAACAGAUGACAAUCAGCUUCCCAAAAAGAAGAAGGAAAAGAAACCUAAGAAAGAAAAACAAGACAAGACUCCCCAAGAGCACCUAAAACAACCUGAAGAACAAAAACAAAUAGAAGUUGUCACGGAAAUACCUCAACAGUUUGUUGAUGAUAAAUUGCAAUCAACAACGACAACAACUCAAUUUACAAUGUCCUGGGCUGCAAUGUUGAAAGAGAAUUUGACGACCGAACAACAUGACAUUAAACGUCAAACUACAGAUUUUAUUAAAUCUGAAGCACAACAACCACAGAAAACAUUGUCAGAAAAGGUAAAACAAGUUGAAGAAAUAGUUACAGAAGAUGUUACAGUCGAACACGAGAAACCAGUAGAACCUCAAUAUCAAGAAGUUGAAGAACCUCAAUACAAAGAAGAAUCUACUUUAAAUGAAGAAUCACGUGAUAUUGAAAGUAUUCCGGCUGUUGAAUCACCAACAACUGAACACAGUCAACAGCAAGUUUUUGUUGAAACUGUCGUUGAGGAAAUUCAACAUUUCGAGCUACCCAUAGAUGCCAAUACAGAACAAUUGCAAGAACCUGUAGUUGAGCAAGAAAUUGAGCCAAAGAAGAAAUCCAAGAAGACCAAAGUUAAACAAACUGAAACUAAAUUGGAUGUACAACAUGAACAGGUAUCUCCUACAGAAAUUGUUAUACCACUUCCAAAACCAACUGCUCCACCACAAUCUGUAUGGUCUUUGUCCGAAACAUAUGCCGAAGUCGUAAGAAAAUCAGGUCUAACGGAAGAGGGAAAAGUCCACUACGUUACCAAAUUCUCAGCACCUGAACCAGUAGACACAAAACCUACCACAUCAGAGACAGUCAGCGAUAAUGCUACCGUUGAAAUUACCGAAGUUCUACAAAAAUCCAUUACUAAACCGGAACAUCAAGAAGUUCGUGUUGCUGAAAGUUUGCCUGAAGUACCAGAAUCAUUCCCUGAAUCUACUGAAAUGGUUUCAGCCAUUGAAAGAAUCGUCACUGAUCUUAAAGAUGAAGAAUGGGUACCUACAGAAGAACCAACUUCAAUGAGUUGGCGCGACAUAAUUGAGUCUGAUAACGAUCAGCCUUUGUCACCAAAAGAACAUACACCAUGGUCUGCCAUUGUGCAAAGAGUUCCCGUAGAUGAAUCAUUAAAUGUUGCAUCGACAUUAGCUGAAACAAUAACAACUUCGGUUACCACCACUACCAGAACAUCUCGUAAAGAACAACGUCCUACUAUUAAGGUAACAGAAGCUCCUGAACAGGAACAAAUUGUUGAUGUACCACAAUCUUCCGAUUGGCAAACGGUAAGGUCAAGAUCGCGUUCAAACUCUAACCGUUCAAGAUCUCGCUCCAACCAAUCUAGAAAAUCUGACAAAAAAUUGCCUAAAUCCAAACCACAAAAAGAAGCUCAAAAAUCUAACAUCGAUCAGUACCAAGUCGUGGAAACUGAUUCAAUUACAAAGACUGUAGAAAUCGUGCAGGAACAAAUAGUAGAAACUCAUGUAGACAAUAAAUCAAAUGUUGUUGAAGAGCCUAAGAAAACCACAGUUACUGUACAACCUGGACUUUCGUGGGCUGCCAUAGCCGCACAAAAUGUUCCACAACCGGAACAAAAAAUCCGUGUAAUCACCGAAUCGGAGAAAGCCCAAACUACUGUACAACAACAAUUUAUGAUGCCAGUACAUGAAAAGUCUUUAAUUACGGUUCAAAUUGAUCCUGAAAGGAAAGAAAAGAAAACCAAACAAAAACCUAAAAAGAAAACUGAACACAGUGUUUCCCCUAGUAGAAGAACUAUUGUUGAGGAAAUUGCGAAACCAGUUUCAACCAAGGAGAAACAAAUAAUUUCUACCACCGUAACUGAAACAAAAGAAACCCAGGUUCACAGUCCUCAUGAUGAAAUUAAAACAUUUGAAGUUCCUACAAAAUCAGAAGAGAUCGUUGAACCUAAACCUACUGAUGCAGUUGCAGUCGAGGAGGAGUUAUUGACUAUUUCUAAACCAACAGAUAAGUCAUUCCCUACAAAGGAUUCAUUGUCAGAAGAAUUUUUGAAAAAUGAAAGGGAAUUCCAGGAAGAUAGUGGAUUUAUAUCUCAAACUUCUUAUUGGUCUGCUACAUUAAAACAUGAUCGCAGAUCAAAGACACCUGAAAAGAUUGUCAUUCCCAAACCAGAAGAAUCAACAUCCGAAAUUCCAGUUCAUUCACCCACAGAAACACCAAAAUCCUGGGCGGCUCUUGUUAAAACCGAUGAAACUAUCUAUGAUGAACCCAAAUUCAUUGAACCGGUUGCAGAAAUUGAAAGUGCAACAGAACUUGCACCUGAAACUGAAGCUCCUACAAAGCCGAAUGAAAUCAUUGAACCUGAACAUGUAGAUAUCGAGCCGGUAACAGAAACUAAACCUGCAACAGAACUUACUGAAGGUGAAGAAAUUAUUGUAACAGAAACAGUACUUCUAAAUACUGAAGAAACUGUCCUCGAUGAACCCAAAGCCAUUGAACCGGUUACAGAAGCUGAAAGUGUAACAGAGAUUGCACAAGAAAUUGAAGCUCCUAAAGAGCAGGAUGAUAUCGUUGAACCUGAACAUGUAGAUAUUGUUUCCAAAACAAUUACAGAAACUAUUGAAGAAACUACUAGCAAAGUUACAGUCGAAAAAGAUUUAUUGACAACAGUUUCUCAACCAACUGAUAAGCCAACGAAUGAACAACAACCUGAAAGCCAAUUAACUGAAGAUGAUGCCUUUAUUUCUCAAACAUCUUAUUGGUCAGCUACAUUGAAACCAGAGCCAAAGGAGAAACCUCUCGAACUAGUUAUUCAAUCAGAACAACAAGAAGAGAUGCCUGAAGUGGCCGUAAGAUCUCCAACAGAAACUCCAACAUCAUGGUCUGCUCUUAUAAAGACCAAUGAAACUGUAUUCCCACAACAGGAAGAAUUACCAGAAGAUGAACCUGUUUCCUGGUCUUCUGUAGUAGUUAGUAAAUUGACAGAUUUCCAAGAACCAAAACCCCAAACUGAAGAACCAUCCGAUGUACAGGAUUCUCAAAUGUAUCUUACAACUACUGUAACUACACACAAGGAUCUACCAGUCGAACAAACUGAAGAAUCUACAACUUAUGUAUCAACAACCACAGUAACAACAACACACAAGAAUCUUCCCAUUGAAACAACUGAAGAAUCUUCAUCUUAUGUUACUACAACAGUUACCAGUCACAAAUAUACUCCAGAAGAGAAUGUGGAUAACCAAUCAUCAUAUGUGUCCACAGUUGUCACCUCGCACACAGAACCCUCCGUGGUUCCAGAGGUGACUGAAACAACAACAGAAGCUGAAACAAUUCCCCAUGAUGAAUGGGUAGUAGUGUGUGAUGCAGAUGUUAAGGAAUUACAACAAGAUGAAUUAAAAUACAACCUGUACCAGGAAGUCAACAAGUAUUGGACAACGAAAUAUGAAACCUACGAAUAUGCUCUCAAAGAACAGGAAGUAAAAGAUAAUCAAAGUGCCAAUGAAACCGUUGAACAGCUCUCUAUUGUAGAAAGCAAGUGUGAUAUCGACGAACAUAAAUUAGUGCCUUCUGAAACUCUGCUCGAUAGUGGUAAUUCAGAAAUUCCUUCUGCUCAAGAGGAUGUUAGUCCGGUGACCUUAAACGUUUCAAAUGAUGAAAAUCAUUUACUUCGCAAUCUCUUUGCUGACAAUUUCCUUAAGCUUGUCUCUUAUUACCAACUUGCCUCCCGCCAUGAAUCAUAUUUGGCCACAUCAGUAGUAACCAAAACGAUUACUGAUGCCUCUGCUAUCAUUAAGACAUUAGUAGUAACUGAAACGACUACUGAUGACAUUAAGACUGAAGAACCGCUAAUAACCUCUGACGUUGUGAAAAAGACUGAUGUACUAGAAUCAAGUGUAGCUAAACUUGACUCUAGUAGUAGUGAUGUAGUAGAUAAAUUGUGCUACAAUUUGUCCUUGGACAGUUGGCCCACUAAUGACUUGAAGCCUAAGGAGGUGCAAUGCGUUUUAGAAAACGAGAAACUCUUGACCGAAUUGGACAACUUGACAAAGUCUGAAGAUACAGACAAACCAGACAAUUUCGAUGAUCUUAAAAAGAAAACCGAAACUAAACAUGACAGUGACAACGAAGACGACGAUGACGAUGAUGACGACGACGACGAUGACGAAAGUGGUGCCAACCGUACUGACUUACCAGAAAUACGUAAACCCAAAGAUGAUGACGAUAAGGGUGGUCCUAGCAGUGAUAGUAGUGGCCAUGCCACGCCUACACCUGAACAUGACAUGAACAAAGGCGGUAGUCAGGGUUCUUGCUCUUCGCAAUACAUGUCCACCGACUUACCGGGUGGUAUAGGCCAUUGGCGAGACCAAAGUUCGUAUUUGGCUUUAGAGGGUGAAAACGAACAACAACAAUCAGAUGAAACAAUUGAAAAGACCACAAUUUUAGUUGAACAUAAAGAAUUAGAAACUACUGCUACACCUUCACAAAACAUUCCCGAAACAGACUUAAAACUCUCGGAAAAUGUACAAAUCCCCACAACUCCAACAACCCCAACAUCCCCAUCAUCCCCCCUUGCUCCCGUUCCCAAUUCCCCCAACAGCUCCAACAAUCAAAAUGUAAGUCUUGCUUGUAAACUAACACCAUUAGCUAAAGCUACUACUACCACUCUAAUAAAUGUGGCGGCUGAUACGACAACGGCGCUCCAGACAGCAGCGACAACUGCAGCUGCCUUGUUGCCAGCAGUUGUUGGCACUUUAGUGCCGGCCGUGGUAAGUGCGGUAACAGCAGAUACGACAACAACCACAACAACGGAAGAAGAAAAACCAAGCACGACAACAAUUGUGACCUCAACAGUAGAUACAGUAGAGUCGACACCAACAACAGGUGCUAACACUACCACUACAACAGUCACAGCUACAAAUCUACAACAACAUACAACCACACAAGAGUCCACAACAACAACAACAUUAGGUGAACCACAACAAGUUACACAACAUCUCGAGAUCGAGACAAGGCCAUCUGAAAAUAAACCACAAACUGAAACAACCACAACAACGACCACGGUGACCGAUGAGGUCUAUAGGCCUGAGUUUAUUGCCAGUCCUCCAGAGGCCAGUGCUAUUAGACGUACCACAACCACAACAACAGUAACAACAACAACUGUUUCCGGUGCGGGUGUACAACUCGGCCGCCAGCAGCAGCAACAACAGGCGAAGGAUGUUAUAAACCAAGAGGUUGACGAAUUGCUUCAAUCGCUAACGACAGUCGAAGGGGCCUUAGCAUACUUGCCACAGCACAGUUUGGAUGGUAUGCUGCAGGGUUUGAAGAUAAUCCAAGAGAAUCUAGAAUAUCAAGAACAGGAAGCCCAAAGAUUGAAAGCCUUAAGUCAGUCAUUGCCAACAGAUCCAGCCACUGAAAGGCUGUUGAAUGAAAUAACAGAUCGCAUAGAUCUGUUGUUGAGACGCACCCAACAAGGAAUUACCAUGAUAGCGAGUGCCGCUCAUGCCCAAAAGAAACGUACCCAGGAACUAGAAGAAUAUCAAAUUAUUUUAGAAGAAAUCGAGUUGUGGAUUAAAGAAGUUACCCAAGAACUCAAGAACUUGGAAAUAACUCCCGAUAGUCCCCAAGACGAACCCACACUCAAAGCUCAAGUGGAAAAGAGUCAACACUUAUUGCGUACUUUGAAAGAGCGACAACAAUCCCUGGAAGAUUUGGUGGAGAAAACAAAACCUUUAUUGGCCCAUGAUGAUGUUGCCGAACUAGCUAAUACCUUAAUCGAACAACUACAAUAUGUCAUAGUCAUACUAAGAGAACAAAUAACUGUGGCCACCAAACGCAUAUACACCAUCGAAACCAGAAUCGUGGAAAUAAGACGCACUAAGCAAGAGGAAGAACAGCGUAAGAGAAUUUUAGCCGAGCAACAAAUACAGCCACCCACUCAUAAGCCAGAGGAAUCUAUGGAAUCGAAUGCUAGCACUGUAGACUCUAGCUCUAUGCCUGAAGAAGAGGAAGAAGUUCCACAGGCAGCUUAUACCGUAGAGACCCAAACUUCAGCAAGUUUGGAAGCAGCUAAAGAAGAGCCCAAGGAAUACGUUACCGUGGAAGCCCAAACAAGUUUCCCAACAACUGUUCACGCUCCAGUGGAAACAGUCGAAAUGUCCAUGCAAACUCAGAAGGUUGUGAAACCCACUGAAAAUAUAACAAUUACCCAGAUUCACAAACAAGACGGAGAAAAACUUAUACAAAUUGAUACCGUGCCAAAUGUUGAAGUGCCUGAAAUUCCCGAAAAUGUGGAAAUUGAGGCUCGUUAUCAUCAAAAGCCCCAAAUGGAUGUUGAAAGAUCUACCGAGUUAAUACUCAAGAAUGUGCCCGAAGUUUUCGAAACUACUUUCGUAGAGCCUGAUGAAACCACUACCGAAGUUGUAGUGGGAGCAGAUGGUACCAAACACAUUAUCUUAAAGAAGGUUACCCGUACACGCCAACAAAUUGUUCAACAGCAACAAGUCUCUUCCAUUGAUACAGUUACUGAUGCCGAUGGCAAUAUUCAGGUGCGAUCAACUGAUCAGGUAAAUCUUGAAAAUAUACAGACUGUUGAAAAGACUGGAGAUGACAAAACUGGUUACACCACUGUAGUCACUCAACAAAGUAGAGGUACUUUGGUAGAUGGUUCCAAUCCGGAAACUGUCAUAAUCCAAGAAUUUGAAACGCCUACAGUUGUAGAGAAAUAUGAGGAGCUGCAUUCCCCUGAUGUCGAAAUGCAAGGUGUACCUUUGCAUGAAGGUGAUGUAGCCUAUUUGGAUCCACAGAACUUGGGCCUCAUCGAAGGCAGUACCCAGGGCAGUAUAAGAGCUGUUGUACAACAAGUUACACGCAGAGUUAUACGUAAAACACGUAAAAUCAUUAAGCGUAUUGUUGUAAUUGAUGGCGUAGAACAUGUUACGGAAGAAAUUGUUGAAGAACCGGAAGAAAUCGAAGUUAACGAAGAGCAAAUGGCCCCCGAAAUUAGUGUUAACAUUGUACGUACUGUCAAUGGUAAAGUGGUAAGCGAAGAGGAGUACGAACGUCUUAUGCAACAACCCAGUGUUGUUGUACAGGAAAUAUCAACAGAUAUAACCGAUGGUUCCCGCACAACUCCCUUACAGGUAUUUAAUAUUGAUUCUACCACUUUGACCACAACAACCACAGAACACGAAACACAACAGCAACAACAACAGCCAAAACAAACAACAGAAACUUCCGAACGCCCAACUCAAGCACAAGUAGAAAUUGUUGACUUACCUGCACAUAAAGUAGAAAUUGAACAAGUUGAAAUUGACACUGUAGUAAAGACACCAACUGCCGAUGUCGACUCAACAAAAUCCGAUGCCAUUGUUUCAGUUCUAACAAUUGAAAAGGAGGAACCUAAAGUUGAAGACCUCCAAGAAAUAUGGCCUGUACAACAUCACUUACAGCCAACCGAUAUUGAAUUUUCGAAACAUACUGAAUCAGUUGCCCAAUCAGUUGUGCAUACUCCACAAUUACCAGAACCAAUUUGGCCUCUAAAUGACGAAACUGGUUAUUCUGUUAAUUUAGAUAAAUAUGAGUUUGAGAAACAUAUCCAGCCACAACCCACAGAAACUUUAACAGUUGCUGAAGAACUAACCACUGAAGAUGAGCAACCCAAAACCUUUACAAUUACACCAAUCGAGGCAGAAGAAAUUGUUUCUACCAAGUCUGAAUUGGAAACAGUAUUAACCCCUGAUGUCUCUGAAGAUGUGAAAGAAGAAAUUGUCUCUUUUAAGCCAGAAACUAAAACAGUAUUAACCCCUGAGGAAACUAAAGAAGAAAUUGUCUCCACUAAGCCAGAAAUUGAAACAGUUACAGAAGCAAUUGUGCAAGAAAUAAAAACAUCUGAAGAACCUCAAAUAAAGGAUUCUGCAAUCGAACCAACUGACAAGCUAACUAAAGAUACCGAAGAGACAUAUUUAACUGAGGCUACAUCUGAACAACCUGAAAAGUCCACAAUAACAAUUGUUAAGACCACAACAGACACAACUUCUACUUCCGAUAUGGAAAAACCUAUAAUGGAAAGUGAAAAGGCAGCUCAAGCUUCUUCUGAACAACCUGAAAACACCCAAACAGGCGCUGAGAAAAAACCCGAAAAUGCCACAAUAACAAUUGUAAAGACCACAACCGAAACAACUUUGCCCGGCAUAGAUAGACCUGUAACGGAAAGUGAAGAAUUUUCGCAUCAUCUCUCCAAACAUGUUACUCCCACAGAAGAACCUACUGAUGUCUCUCUAAUUAGCACAUCUAGUGAAGAUAUUCUCAUUGGAGAACCGCCAAAAGAAAAGACAAAAUUGGAUAUCAAAGCCACCACGCAGCUUUUUAUUUCAGGCGAAGCUACUGCAUCUCCUGUAACAAUGACAGCACCAUCUAUUGAAGGUAAUGGAUCCAGCGUUCUUAAGGUAACCAUGCCUGAGUCUGAAGUCUCUGACUUAACUCACGCUCUAUCAAAAAUGUCUUUGACCAUCGUUGAGACUGCUACCACUGUAGAGCCAGUUGUUGAAUCUGAACGUGAUACCAAACGAAGUAAAAAGAAAAAGAAGAUAAAAGAUCCAACACCAGCUGUUGUUGAACCACAACCAAUUGAGCAUUUAAUUCAAAGUGAAGAACAAUCAGCGGUCUCUGAAGUUCCUCACGCACAAGAAGGAGUUGUAGCUCCCAUAGAAGAAGUUGUAGCUCCCAUCGAAGAAGUUGCUACACAAGAAUUGAAAGAACCUAUAACACAGCUUGAGGAAAGCUCGGCAGUUUCUGAUAUUGGCUAUGAACCAGAAGAUAAAACUAUUGACGAAGAACAUGAAGCUGAAGAACCCAAGGUGAAAAAACUCAGUAAGAAGAAACAACCCUUAAAGGUUAUGGAUGAAGACGAUACCCACAUGGCAUUAUCCUCCUUAGAACUUGAUGAUAGCAAAUCUUCCGAAAGUUUAAAAUCUGAAGGAAAAAUAAUGCACGAAACAAUGUUGGAAAUUAAGCCAGACAGUGAAGUAUCCAGUAUUUCUGUGGACGAAUCAGUUAAAAUUCUUGAAGAAGCUAUUGUGACCUCAGACUCUGAAUCACCUAGAGAGACACUCAAAGAAAUAGUUAAACCAGUAGAUAUUAUGGAAUUGUCUUAUGUAAAGGAUGAAGAACAGCAAACAACACCACGCCAAGAACCCCAAGAGGAAAAAGUAGAAAAGCCAUUGGAACUCGAGGUAAAGGAAGUUCAAACAUCACCACAGCAUCGUGUGCGUCAAGAGGAAGUAUCGAUACAAACGACAAACAAUAACAUUGAAACUGAGUCUCAAACAGUUAUUGUAAGUCUAAAUGAAACCGAGGUGCAAACAGACUUGGUGGAAGAAACAAAGCCAGCAGAAAAUAUUGAAGUUCCCACCAAUGUUCCCACAACGACUUCAGAAGUUCAAACUGAGGAGAUGCUACCUCUGCCAGAGAUGUCACACACCUCUAGUCAAACGUUUGUAAUCACAACUUUGGAACAAGAACUCCAAACGACACCUCAAGUUUCGCCUUCGCAACAAGAAGUUUUCACAAGUGACAUUGUCAAUCCACUCGUUAAAGAAUUUGUAAGUGAUAUUACUUUCGAUUUGCCCGAAAAACAGAUUGAGACUAAGGAACACGCCACUCUAACCGAAAAUGUUACAAUACAAGAUGCUACACCACAAGAAGUUACAGAUGUGCCUACACAGACUUCACUGGUUGAAAUAACUCCAUCAGAGCAAAAGGAUCAACAAACUUCCACCAUAGAGUUUUUGCUAACGUCCACAACAGAUACACAAACCUCACCCAGAGAAGAAGUUAUUGCCGUGAAAGAACCCAGUUUAGAAGAUUUCUCAGUCACCUCAACGGAGCCUUACGAAUUGGAAAUACAAACUACUGUUACCAUACCUCCAGAGUCAGAUGAUUCUGAAAGCCAACCUAUUGUGUACGAACAUAUCCAAACUAUUGAACAUCCCAAGACUAAAGAAUCAAAGGAUGAUGAAACAAAUGUUUGUGUCCACUUGGAGUUCGGUGAGGAUAAGACAAUUGAACCGAUUGUUACAGUGCAACCUGCAGAAAAGAAACCCCAGUCGGUGCAACUUCAAAUUACCAAAACAACCGUAACCGAAGAAUUCCCCAAUUUACCAGCUCAUGUCAGCGAACAGAGUAAGGUCAGCAUUUCUUCUCAGCAAAGCUCUAAACCACGUAGUCGACCAACUUCUACCGUUACAAUCGAGGAAGUCACAUCACCUACUGAAGAAUAUGCCGUCCCCAUAACACCAGGUCCUGAUAAUAUUCAAUCAGAUGAUAACAACGAAAGUAUUUGGAUAAAUGCUGCUUCCUUUGUACCCAGAUAUCAAUCUGUGAAGGAUGUUUCUCAGGCUUUGAUCAUGUCGGAAAGCCUACUGCAUUAUCCUGGUCAACAAACCAUCAUAAUCGAUAGACCUGACAUUUGGUCCAAGACCAAGCAAUCCAUUGGUGGUAGAAUCGUACAGAAAAAGGAAACCGAAAUUCAACCAACAUCCCUUAGCAAUGUCUUGCAUUUAGCUACACUCUCACAUCAAAUUCAAGAAAUUCCAACUGAGCAAAGAGUCGAAGAUGUAAAUGACAGUUUGAAUGAGUUAGAGAAGGCUGUUUCCAGCGGCGACGAAUUAAGAAUACAAACAACUGUUAUUACGGUAAUUGAAAAGAUCUCAACUUGGUUGGAGACCAUUGAGUAUCGUGUGUAUUUAAUUAGACAACAAACCAAUGAUGGUCCUUCCGAGGAAAAACUUAAGAGUUACAAUGAUCUAAACGAUGAGUUGAAUACUAUUGGUCAAAGCGUAAACCAUUUGGAAGGCCAUUUGGCCAACUCAAACACCAUCAACCAGCCAGAAGUACAGCAAUGUUUAGACACUCUUAAAAUGCACAUUAGCGCGGUCGAGGAAAAAACACAAGACAACCAAAAGCAAGAUGUUAAGGAUCUCGAAAAAUGGAAUAACUUUUUGGUGUUGGUACAUCGUAUUUCAGGUCUUCUGGAUGAUCUGCAAGAACGUUACGAUGUUAUUGUUAACCAUGACAGUACUUUGAAUCAAAAACUUACAUCUUUGGAAGAGUUGGAAUUGCAAAACAAUGACACAAUUGUACAGAUCUCACAACUUAUGUUAAAUGCUAGAGCCUUGCAAAGAGAUUUCCCUGGCAAAAAGGUACCACAAGAUAUAUACACUGCCUACGAGUCUUGUCGCAAUAUAAACAACAGCAUUAUUGCCGAACGUGAUAGACUAUUGCAAUUGCAAGCCUUGGCAGAUGAAUAUGAACAAACAUUAAAGGAAUUCACCAAUAUUACAGUCUUGGCUGAUAAAUUGGUCGAAGGUCCCAUAAUAUCCAGCACUUUGGAACAAUUGAACAAUGAAGUGCAAAAGCAUCGCAAAUUCUUUGUUAAUCUCAGUCAUUGCCGUGCCAUGCUAGAAUCGUUGGAGGAGAAUAUAGACAGUGAAACCAGAGAAAAACAUUCAGAAUUACACAAAGAGCUAUACAAUAGAGCUAACAUUCUAUUGGAAAAGGCUUCUGAAAGAUCGUCUAAACUGGUUCAAGCUGCCUCAAGAUGGACUGUUCUAGAGAAAGGCAUGAAGGAUGAACAACAAUGGUUACAAGUUGCCCAGCAAAGAGUGCCAGACCUAUCAGCUGUAACAUCAGCCGAUUACGAUCAAUACACCACGCUCUAUCAAUCUCUUAGCCAGGAUAUUUCUCACCACUAUGUUAAAAUGACCAAUCUGUCAAAUAUUGCCAAUAAACUACAAGACCUGGUACAAGCUCCCAAUUUGGUUGAAGAGACAAAUGAUGCUCUAAUUGUCCUGUUGAAAUUGCGCGAAGAAGUGUCAGUUUAUUUGCACCGCCUUCUCGUCUUUAAGGAUAUUUGGACACAAUAUGUCAAUCAAACCGACAAAAUGGAAACUUUCGUCAGAGACAGCGAAAAAGAACUGAAAAUGAUACAAAUACCUGAAUAUCCUUUGGAACAACCUAUCGAACACAUGCGUCAAUUCUGGGAAAUUAAAGCUCAAUUUGAAAUGCACAAUAAUAUACGCACGGAUGCGGGUAAUACAUUUGAGAAAUCCCUGCAUGUAAUACCUCUGGCUGACGAAAUGUUACAGAGACAGUUCCAUGCUCAACUCGAGGACAGAUGUAAUGCCGUAGCUGAAAACAUUGAAAGUAUCCAAAAUAAGAUCGUAAGAUCAUUAUCCUCGGAGGAUGUAGCACCAGCUGAUAAAUUGAAAUUGAUUGAACGUGAACUACAGGAAAUCUAUUUGACCAUGACCAGCAUGAAAGGUGUUAUCAAGAACGAUGAAGAACUUUGUCUGUACAUAGAGCGCAUACAGGUGCUAAGAACUCGUGUUGGUUUUAUAGGCAAUGAAUUGGGCCGUAUCGGUUUGCAAGAGCCCGCCAUUGAGCCCGAAAAAGUAGGUGAGCUCUUCUCCUUGUCCCACAAAAUAUCCACACAAAUUGCUGAGGAAUUGGAAGGCGCCGCUCUUUUGCGACAACAACUCACCGCCAUCACAGAGGGCAUUUCAAAUUUGCGCAAACACCAAGCUAAACUUUCGGUUAUUUUGGACGAAUGCGAAAGUGCCGAAAAAUUGGACAGUGAUUCCAUUGAGAAGGCCGUUGUCGAUUGCCAGACCGUAGGCGAAGAGUUAAUUGGUGCUUGGCAAGAAAUCAUGCGUGCCCGCCAAAUGUUACACACCCUGCCAAUGCGUCUGAAGAUGUCGGUUUCUCCGGUUAAGCUUGAACGUGAUAUUUCACAACUACAAGAUGAUCAUGCCUUCCUUGAGAGCAAAUGUACCAAUAUUAUGACAAUAUUGCGUAAUCGCUUAGCUCUCUGGAUGCGCUAUGAGAAACAACUAGAGUUGGUGCACAAUUCCGUUCAAGAGACCGAUUUCAUGAUGGAGCUUUUGAAGGUACAUGGACAAGUUGAUUAUGAGCGAUUACGCAAGGCCACUGAACGUCUAGAGGGACUCGCUGGUGAUUUACAAAAUCGCGAGACUUUGUUAGACGAUUUACAGACGUCUGCAAAACCCUUAAUCGAAACUUGUGAUUUACAAAUUGUGGAACAAAUUGAAUCGGCUGUCCAAGAAGCUGUAGUGGCCUGGAAUGAUACCUCCGACAAUUUGCAAACGUUGUGUGAACGUUAUCAACGUGCUGUAGAGCUUUGGCACAAAUAUCGCAACGCUUCAGCCCAAGUUAAAAACUACAUUGAACAACAAAUGGAUACUGUAAAGACCUUCAACAAGCCCUUGGAUUCCCUGCAACAUGCCAAGACUUGCCAAAAUAAUUUAAAUAGCCAAGAUGAUAAGCUAUUAGAACUGCGUGAUAUAGUUACAAAAAUUGCCUCCGAUAUCGGUUUAGAUGCCUCCAGUUUCAUGCAAGGCGAAUUAGAGGAGCUGGGCCAACGUCUCGAAAAUUGUAAAGAGACCAUUACCACAUUGGCUCAUGUGGCCGAGGUUCAGGAACGUGAACGCAAAGAAGUUGAACAGAACUGCACCGAAGCCAAGGAAUACUUUAAUAAUGUUCGCCAGGACAUUGCCCAGGAAUCUCGUUCACCCAAGGAGUGUGAGGAACAAUUAACCGUUCUGAGACAUCAUUUACAAACACUGGCCAAUACCGAAGAGCAAUUGAAGCAAUUACGCGAACGUGACAUUAAGUCACCAGCCGAAGAACUACAAUCACGCGAUGAGACUUCAAUUAUUGAAGUUUUGGAAUUAUGGCAAAAGAUCUUCCAAGAUACGUUCCAUGAAUACCAUCGUCUGUCGGCACGUUUGGUGCGUACGCAGAAUAGUGCUGAAGCCUUCCGUUUAUGGCGCCAGUAUUUGCAACAUGUACACUCUUUCCUCUCCAGUGCCAUACCUGAAGAUUAUACAGCCCUCAAGGAACAACAACAUUUGUGUGAGAUUCAUGAAAAUCUGAUGGUGUCACAGCAAAAUGUGUUGGCCACUCAUACGGAAACCGAACAACAAUCGGAGCCGGAAGUUAGUGAACAGUUUAAACAACUGACCAACAUGCACAACGAAACACUUUCACGCAUCACCCAACGCAACAGUGAGUUGGAGAAACGUAUCAGUAUUUGGCGUACCUACAGACAAGAUUUAACGGUAUUGUUGGAAUGGUUGAAGGAACGUGAGAAGGAUCGCAAUGCUUUGCAAUUGAGAUACAUCCACCUCAAACGUUUGCCACGCCUACGCCAGCGCUUGGAUGAACUGAUCAAUCAAGUGCCUGUGGGUGAACAAAUGGCUUCGAAACUCAAAGUUCAACAACAAGAACUUAUUAAGUUCUGUGAUGAUGCCUUAGCUACUUCUGUGCGCAUGGAACAAGCCAGCGUAGUGCAACGUGUUACAAAUCUUAAGGCUGCUUUGGAAACCUGGUUAGGCUUUUUGAAUAAGAUUAAAGAUCUGGAACACAGUUAUGAACAACAAUUAACGGAAGUGCAAAAUGAUUUAGCUGUAGCCCAACAGCUAGUACAAAAGACUGAAGAAUCUCUACCCACCACCAACGAUGCGAUACAGGAAUGUUUGGGCCAACUUAGAGCUCAAAGAGUCCAAUUAUCCAAACAUACACCUACCUUGGAAAACUUAAAUGUUUUACAAGAGGAACUCAAGGAAUGCAUCAGCCCCCAUGACAUGAAAACUAUCAGACAAACAAUUUGGAUUUUAUGGCAACAACAUGCUGACAUUGACUAUGAACUUUCCACUCUUAUCAACAAAAUAGAGGAGAGACUGAUGCUGUUGGCAAACUUCAACAAUCGCUAUGAUCGCUUGUCCAAAUGGUUGGAUAAAUUAGAAGAGCGUUUAGAAAGAACUUCCGAUAUUUCUGCCAUGGCAAAUCCCGAAGAAUUUGCCAAACAAUUGGAGAAACAAAUAAAUACUGAGCUAACACUCAGGGAACGCGACCGUGAAUGGUUGCUGGCCUCCGCCCGCGAAAUAAUGGAACUCUAUGCCGACAAUAGUACGCACAGCGAAUCUGUAAGAUCCGAGGUACAAGAAAAAUCGGACAUGCUCAUCGAUAGAUGGGAUCGUGUACGUUACUUGUGCAAACAACGUACAAAUAAAAUCAAUGAUUUGAAAAUGACUCUGCAUAGAUUAGAAGAAAGAAUUGCCUUACUAAGAUCCUGGAUGUUUGAGGUAGAAUCGGAAUUAGGUAAACCUUUAACAUUUGAUUCCUACACCCCGCCUGUAAUUGAAGCCAAACUCAAAGAACAUGAGAAAGUACAACGUUCCAUCGAACAAAAGAGCAGCAAUGUGGGUGAAGUUUUGAACUUGGUAGAAAUGUUGCUAAACGAUGCCGAUACUUGGCGCAGCCAUUUGAAUACAGCCAAUUUGGCUUUGGCCGCCCAAAAUCUAGAGCAAAGAUGGAAACAUGUGUGCAGUCAAUCGGCUGAAAGAAAACAACGUAUUCUUACAGUUUGGAAUAUGAUACAACAAUUGAUUAAGAUGACCACCGAAAGUAAGACAUGGAUACAAAAUCAGGAAUCAGAAAUUUCCAAUUUGGAAAGAGAUCUCGAUAAAUUAACAAAGGAUCAGGUGCAGGAAAGACAGCAAUUGGUAGAGCAAAAGCUAAAUCAAUUGGAAAGUCAACAGGCCAACUUUAAUCAAUUGAGUCAAACAUAUGCCAAAUUAACCUCCAGUUCAGGCGUUGAUCCAGAGAAUAUACAAAAACUAACUAUGCCCACCAAGGUAAUGUUAACCAAAUGGCGUCAAUUCCAACCCAGAUGCCAUGCCAUUACCGAUGCCAUUAGCAAAGAUUUAGCUUUAUACAGGAACUUCAAGAAAGCUCAAGAUGAAGCGGUUAAUGCUUUACAAAUCAUACAAACAGAUGUGGCCAAAUUAAACGAAAGUUCUUCCAAAACUGCUGAAGAUACUAAGAAAGCUCUUAAACGUAUCGAAAGUUUGGAGAGUAAACUACAAAAAGCCGAGCAACAGGUACAAGCUGUAGAACAGCUAGCAACUGAAGCUAAAGGCAAGCUAAGAAAACCAGAUGAUCUUACCACCAUAGUGACCUUAAUAACUCAACUUACUACCUUGUGGCGUGAAGUACAAACACGUAUAGUGACAACGAAAACGGAAUGGCUAACCAAAGCCGUUUCAAUGGGUGUGGCUGCCGGCGAAGCUGCCAUAACUGCCACCAAAGCAGUAGGCUCUGAAGCCGGUGUCCAAGUUGACACCCUGUCCAAACGCAAAUUGCGCAAGGCACCCAUGGUAAGGGAAACUUCGAUAACUGCCAAAGAUGCCUAUAUCAUGGAAUUGGAAACUGCCAUCAAAGAAUGCCAGAGUAACUUGGAUGAAUUGCAAAAAACCAUUUGUGAUCGGACACGCAAGCCGGGUCCACAAAAAAUGUCCAAACUCUUGGGCAAUGCACAAUCAUCGACAGAGCUGGUCAAACAUUUAAGUCAAAUGCUUUUAAGUGAAUGUAAUGCAACCAACAAGGAUGCACAAACAGACACCGUGGCAGAGCUAACGCUGCGCUUCGAUACUUUGCAAUCGCAAUGGAAGGCGCGUCAGCAACACGAUCAAAAUGCAAGCAACUUACCCAUUGCUUCCAAGUAUAAUUGUACACACGAGAUCGGUCGACUGACAUGUCCGCUCUGUACACAACGCAACUGGCAACAAAUCGACAAUGAUCUCUGGCGUCUUGAGCAGUGGUUACAAUUUGCCGAAGGCACUCAAAAAUCACAAUCGACCCCACCCUCAAACAUUGAAUUACUCGAAGAUGUUGUACAAGAUCAUCGUGAAUUCCUGCUCGAUUUAGAAAGUCACAAAUCCAUAAUUUCCUCACUCAAUGUGGUCGGUGAUCAUUUGGCCACACAUACCAUGGAUCACGAGAAGGCACGCCAGCUAAGAGCCCGUCUCGAACAGGACAAUGAACGUUGGAAUAAUGUAUGCAUUAAUGCCACCAAAUGGCAGGGUCUACUACAAACUGCACUCAUGGGUAACAGUGAAUUCCAUGCCAUCAUCGAUGAGCUGUGUACUUGGCUGCAGCAAACCGAGGCCAACAUUAAGGCCUCUGAACCUGUAGACCUCACCGAAGACCGCACAAUACUCAGGGCCAAGUUUGAAAAGUUCAAGGAGCUAAGAGCUGAAUUGGAACGUUGCGAACCCAGAGUGGUUAGUUUGCAAGAUGCCGCCGAUCAGCUGCUAAAGACUGUCGAAGGUUCCGAAGCCGAAUCAUCACAAACCUAUGCCAGAACCCUUUCUAGGCUAACUGAUCUACGUUUCCGUUUACAAUCCCUGAGACGUUUGUCAGGCAUUUACAUUGUAAAACUUGGCGCUGUUUUGGGCGUAGAUGGUGAUAAUCUGGGAGUAUCAUUACACAUGUUGUCUAAUGAGCUUUUGGAUCAAUCUGUAACUUCAUUACCUUCUUCCUCUUCUAUGCAGGCUGCCGCACCACACACUGACAAUGCAAACGCUCCCGAUGGCGAUGCUGUAGAUGGCGAUGUCAUAAAUACCACCGUACUUGCACGAGGCGCACGAUUCCUAGGUCGUGUUGCUCGUGCCUCACUGCCCAUACAAGCGCUCAUGUUACUGUUGUUGGGUGUUGCCACACUUGUGCCCCACGGUGAAGAUUACACCUGCAUGUUCUCGAAUACCUUUGCCAGAAGCUUAGAGCCUAUGUUGUCGUAUCCCAAUGGACCGCCACCGGUCUAAAACUCUACUUAACUCUAAUAAUGUCCUUCGCCUCAAUUUAGUUUAGCAUUGUAAGAUAAAAAAAACUGUAUGUAAAAAUAAAAGAAAAACUGUUAAUUAAACUCUUCUCAAACACUAAAUUGUAAAUUAUAAAUAACAAGUUAAAAGAAAAUUGUCUUAAAUGUAAAUUUUUCACAUUUUUGUAAUAAUUGUAUGUAGUUUUAAAUUAAUUAAUUUUUGUAAUAAUGAAAUUUGGAGGCAAAAACUUGUGUGGUAGUAGUACUACUUACUUACUAUCUGUAGUAUGUUGAAAAAUUCAAUAUUUGUAAAUUCUAUGGAAUGCUUUAAACAAAAAAACAUAAAUGACAAAAAGACGCGAUAUUUAAUUUAUUUAAUCGUUCUAAAAAAUUAAAAAAAAGAAAAUUAUACGAAACGCACAUAUAAAAACGACAUAAACAAAACUAUUUAUUUUAUAUGAAACGAAAUUAUACAAAACAAAAAAGAAAGUAAGAAACAAGCAGCCUUUUGAAUUGUUUUAAAUAUAUUUAUCGUGGAACAUUUAUGUAUUUAAAACUUUAAAAGUCUGCCCAAUUCAAAAACUCUAAAGCAAAAAACAAUACACUCAACUUGAAAACUAAAUUUUAAUUAUUAUUUUGUCAAAAUUCUCUCCAAAUCACCAUGGCCCAGUUAAAAAGUAUGUUUCAAACAAUUAAAUUUUAAACUCAAAAAAUCUCCCAAAAUUCCUAGAGUUUUUAAAUUUAAUUGCUAAUUAAAAUAAUUCUUAAAAUUAACAUAAUAAAGAAAUUGCCAUUAUUAUUACCAACUCUCCAGGUUCUAUAUAAACAUUUUCUAUAAGAAUUAUUAAUUAUAUUGAAACACUUUAAAACACAUUCCCUGAUAUUUAAAAAUCAUAAAAAUUAAAUUUGUUUAAAAGUUGUUUGUAUUGUUUAAAAAUAUAAAUUAAAUUAAAAAGUGAAAAAAAUAAUCAAAUAAACGAAGCAGCAAGUGUCCUAUGCCGGUGCUAAACCAACAAUAAAAAUUAUAUAAACAAAACAAAAAAUAAAAAAAGAAAAACUAUAAUAAAAUUAAAUUAAAAACGAAAUAAAUGUUACUAUUGUAUUAGAUUUCAUUAAUCUGCUAUAAAGAUUAAUAAUUAUACAAAGUAAACAAGUUUAUAAACAAACUCCCUCCAUAAAACUAAUUUUUUUUAUUAAUUUUAAUUUAAAUUAUUUCGUAUUUUUUGGCACUUAAUCUUGCUGUUUGUUUAAUUUAUAUUAUUUUAAUUUGUUUUCCUUAUUGAUAUUAGUUUUGCAUUGUUUGAUGAACAUAUUUAAACGUUAUUAUAUUAUUAAUAUUAUCAUUAUUAUUAUUAUUUUAAGUGUUUUAUUAUAUUAUACAUUUUAAUUACAUAAUUUCUUUACUGUUGUACCUCUAAAACAGAACAAAAAAAUGGUAAACAAUUGUUAUCCUUUAUAUAUUGCUUUUAUUAUUUGUAAUUUUUUUCAAUAUUAUGCUUAUUUUUAUUAUUAUCAUUAUUAUAUUAUAUAUUCUCCUUAUAUAAAAUUAACAUUAUUAUUAUUAUAUUAUUAUUAUUAUCAAUAAAAUAUCCAAUAUAAUAUUAUGAUGUUAUACAUAUAAAAAUAAAAAAACAAAAAAUUAUAUUCACCUUUUUUCUAUAAAAGAUAAAUAAAUAAAAUGCAAUAAAAAUGUAUUAUUAAAAAAAUAUAUAAAUAAAA